UAUGCCCUGGCAGACGAGGCUUACCGUUCCCUGAGGGACCAGGAUAAAGACCAGUGUAUCCUCAUCACAGGAGAGAGUGGAGCUGGAAAGACUGGUGAGACAAGUCCUCCAUCAAACAAAUGCAAUAGGCCCACCAUUUAAUGGGGAGUUAACACUUAGAUGAAUGUCAUCAAACACGCACUAUAAUGGGUUAACACACUUACGAGCAACACUAUUGAGGGUUCUAAAAUGUACCACACAAGCACAGGAGGUUGGUGGCACCUUAGUUGGGGAGAAUGGGCUCGUGUUAAUGAGCGGAAUAGGUGGAAUGGUAUAAAAUACAUGAAACACAUGGUUUCCAGGUGUUUGAUGCCAAUCCAUUUGCUCCAUUCCGGCCGUUAUUUUGAGCCGUUCUCCCCUCAGCAGCCUCCUGUGCACACAAGGUGCGUGCUCAGUCCCCUCCUGUACUCCCUGUUCACCCAUGACUGCAUGGCUAGGCACGACUCCAACACCAUAAUUAAGUUUGCCGACGACACAACAGUGGUAGGCCUGAUCACUGACAACGAUGAGACAGCCUAUAGGGAGGAGGUCAGAGACCUGGCCGUGUGGUGCCAGGAUAGCUCAGCUGGUAGAGCACGGCGCUUGUAACGCCAGGGUAGUGGGUUCGAUCCCCGGGACCACCCACACACAAAAAUGUAUGCACGCAUGACUGUAAGUCGCUUUGGAUAAAAGCGUCUGCUAAAUGGCAUAUUAUAUUAUUAUUAUAUAUUAUAACAACCUCUCCCUCAACGUGAUCAAGACAAAGGAGAGGAUUGUGGACUACAGGGAAAAAAAGAGGACUGAGCACGCCCCCAUUCUAAUCGAUGGGGCUGUAGUGGAACAGGUUGAGAGCUUCAAGUUCCUUGGUGUCCACAUCACCAACAAACUAUCAUGGUCCAAACACACCAAAGCAGUCGUGAAGAGGGCAGGACAAAGCCUAUUCCCCCACAGGAGACUGAAAAGAUUUGGCAUGGGUCCUCAGAUCCUCAAAAAGUUCUACAGCUGCACCAUUGAGAGCAUCCUGACUGGUUGCAUCACCGCCUGGUAUGUCAACUGCUCGGCCUCCGACUGAAAGGCACUACACAGGGUAGUGCGUACGGCCCAGUACAUCACUGGGGCCAAGCUUCCUGCCAUCCAGGACCUCUAUACCAGGCGGUGUCAGAGGAAGGCCCUAAAAAUUGUCAAAGACUCCAGCCACCUUAGUCAUAGACUGUUCUCUCUGCUACCGAAUGGCAAGCGGUACCGGAGCGCCAAGUCUAGGUCCAAAAGGCUUCUUAACAGCUUCUACCCCCAAGCCAAAAGACUCCUGAACAGCUAAUCAUGGCUACCCGGACUAUUUGCAUUGCCCCCCCACCCCAUCCAACCCCCUCUUUUACGCUGCUGCUACUCUGUUUAUCAUUUAUGCAUAGUCACUUUAACUCUACCCACAUGUACAUAUUACCUCGACUAACCGGUGCCCCUGUAAAUAGCCUCCCUACUGUUAUUUUAUUUUACUGCUGCUCUUUAAUUAUAUGCUAUUUUCAAUUUUUUACUUAUCAAUUUUUUACUUAACACUUUAUUUUUUAAUUUUUUAUUGUUGGUUAAGGGCUUGUAAGUAAGCAUUUCACUGUAAGGUCUACACCUGUUGUAUUCGGCGCAUGUGGCAAAUGAAAUUUGAUUCGAUUUGAGGUAGCCUACAAACAAUAGGCCCAUUAUAUUUUGAGCUCACAUUUGUGAGGAAUCAACUGUAUUAGUAAAAUAUUCUGGACAAAGCAUAGUUCAAUGUAAAAGUUAUUUUGCCAUUGCAGUACAUCAAUUCUAUUGUUGUAUUGUAACACUGUUACAAAAUAGCAUAUCAAUACAUAGACGUUUACAACACGUGGCCCCGUGUAGCUCAGUUGGUAGAGCAUUGCGCUUGCAACGCCAGGGUUGUGGGUUCGAUUCCCAUGGGGGGCCAGGGGGGCCAGUAUGAAGAUGUAUGCACUCACUAUCACUAACUGUAAGUCACUCUGGAUAAGAGUCUCUGCUAAAUGACUAAAAUGUCAAAUGUAAAUCUUUCGAAUGUACCACACAAGGGUUAAGUGAUCUUGAGACUUCUAGAUAAGUCCUGUAGGCCUGUGUUUUGUUUUCAGUGUUCUAGAACAUUCUGUUCUGUCUGUAGAACUUGUAGCUGAGGGAAACUCAAUGAUGGGGGCAUGCAGGCAGACAGCAGUAGCCACAAGAACAGUAGGAUUUAGAUUAGAGUUAGAUAAACCUACGGCCUACCAGACCAGGGCUGGGACUGGGAUUUGUUUUGGGAAAGCAUAAGUCAGGUUUGUACCUGAAAUGGCAGAUGCAACGUAAAUGUGACCGACUCAAACUUAUGUAGCAACAUUUGAAAUUGUUUUUUACAUUGGAUGAAAGUAGAGACUCAGAGCUAGAAAAUGGUAUAUCAUAUUUUUUAUCAUAUCAUUUGAAGAAAAAUGGGAAAGUAAUUCUGCUUUGAAAGUUGGUAAACUUGUAACCCCACUUUUGAGAAAUGGCCCUUGAAUGUUUUGGUACACCUACUGGAGAGCUCUUCUUUGUCUACACCCAUUCAGCAUAGUUCACACCCUCUUAAGCCUUAUCCCCAUCUCUUUAAGGAUUCACAUGUGAGGCCAUUUUCUAAACAGAGUGAUUUAGUUUAGUAAACAACCAAAGAUUUCAAGACUAAAAGUUGUGAAAGUAGUAGCCUAAAAUAAGGAAAAACUCCAGGCAAAAAUACACUUUAUAUAGUCCUUGGCCUAUAUCCUAAUCUGACUUUGGUGCAGGUCAUGUUGUUUUUCACAUUACCUUCUCUGGUAAAGGCACACUAUAUCAAAUAAAAUAAAAAGUUUUGAUACAGAAGGUGCAUAUAUCAAAACAGAAAGUGUCCAGAUAAAGAUAUUUAAUAAUUAUUAGUUAUUGGCUAACUUGAUGGGUCAUGUAUGUUUUGUUUAGACAUGCAGUCUUUGUCAUUCGUUUAGACAUGUAGAUAGCUAGCUAGCUAGCUAAAUAAUGAACCGGCAUAAUCCCAACUCAUACUACUACCGACCAAUACAAACAUUGUCGUAGCUUCAGGUUCAAUGUUAGCUAGCUAAUAUUAGACUAUAACGAAGAAUGCAAAUGAUUUUCUGAUUCAAAUAAUAUUACUACACAGAUCAUACACAUAACAUUAGCUAGCGAGCCAGCAAGCUAACGUUUGCUAGCUAGCUAACAGUACGCUUGAACUUGCAAUGAAAACGACUUUCUGACAAAAUUAGAAACUUAGAAUAUCUGAAAAUGUAGCUAGACUCUUUCACGUAUACAUGGAUGAACGCUUCACGGCAGACUGGAACCAUUUAACUCCGUUUUGUUUGGCCAGUGUUGUGUCAAGUCACUCCGGUUAAACACUGACCGUGGUGUGUGCAGAAAGUAGCAAAUCCUUUUUUUUCCAACUGAUCUGUCGAUAGCGCCUGCUAAAUUCAGGGCAUCAAUGUUGUUGAGAAAAGUAGCAAAACUUUUGUAGUUCUCGAUGGCUAACUUUAUAUAUUUUUUUUAAUGGCGCGGUAGAAGGUACUAUCAACACAUACUGAGCAGCUCACGUUAUAAACAGAAGCGUGCUAAAUGGCAGACCAAUCCAUACUCAUCUCCCAGCAUGUCCAGCCCAACCAUUAUCUCAGCCAAUCAUGGCUAGCGGGAAGGUUCCUGUCUUUUUCCGUGGCUAAACCAACUAGGCUCGUAAUUUAACAAUUUUAUUUGUAUUUACGGAUGGAAUACAAGUUGGUUAUUAAGGCACAUGUUCACAUGUUCCAGAAGCCAUUUCUGCCCAAAAAAAUGCCUCUCCUGUGAAGUAGUGACGUGCGACAUAUGCCUAGUUUCCUGAAACGAGUCACAAAUGUACAUGCAGGCAUAGCAAAACAAUGCAGUGUAAAGACAAAGGGACUGACUUAUGGAAACAAACUCUGACAAUAAAAUUAAAGUCAGACAAAACCAUAUAAACAGUGACAACUCUUUAAAUACACCUCCAUUAUUUAUGUUUUGUCAUGGUGUGCUGUCAACUUGUAUAAAAAUCUAUGUUUUAAUCUUGGAAUGUGUUCUAUAGGUAAAGAUUAACUGUAAGAAAUCACACAUGCUACACAGAAUCAUGGAAGAAUGGUAUUUGCUGGCUAGUUAUAUACUUUGGCACAUGUGAUUCCCAGGUGCUGGCCAUAUUGAAUUGGCAGGGAAGUCUCCAUGCUCCCUAUACAGUGAGGGGAAAAAAGUAUUUGAUCCCCUGCUGAUUUUGUACGUUUGCCCACUGACAAAGACAUGAUCAGUCUAUAAUUGUAAUUGUAGGUUUAUGUGAACAGUGAGAGACAGAAAAAAAUCCAGAAAAAUGCAUGUCAAAAAUGUUAUAAAUUGAUUUGCAUUUUAAUGAGGGAAAUAAGUAUUUGACCCCUCUGCAAAACAGUACUUGGUGGCAAAACCCUUGUUGGCAAUCACAGAGGUCAGACGUUUCUUGUAGUUGGCCACCAGGUUUGCACACAUCUCAGGAGGGAUUUUGUCCCACUCCGCUUUGCAUAUCUUCUCCAAGUCAUUAAGGUUUCGAGGCUGACGUUUGGCAGCCUCGAAACUCCCUCCACAGAUUUUCUAUGGGAUUAAGGUCUGGAGACUGGCUAGGCCACUCCAGGACCUUAAUGUGCUUCUUCUUGAGCCACUCCUUUGUUGCCUUGGCCGUGUGUUUUGGGUCAUUGUCAUGCUGGAAUAACCAUCCACGACCCAUUUUCAAUGCCCUGGCUGAGGGAAGGAGGUUCUCACCCAAGAUUUGACGGUACAUGGCCCCGUCCAUUGUCCCUUUGAUGCAGUGAAGUUGUCCUGUCCCCUUAGCAGAAAAACACCCCCAAAGCAUAAUGUUUCCACCUCCAUGUUUGAUGGUGGGGAUGGUGUUCUUAGGGUCAUAGGCAGCAUUCCUCCUCCUCCAAACACGGCGAGUUGAGUUGAUGCCAAAGAGCUCCAUUUUGGUCUCAUCUGACCACAACACUUUCACCCAGUUCUCCUCUGAAUCAUUCAGAUGUUCAUUGGCAAACUUCAGACGGCCCUGUAUAUGUGCUUUCUUGAGCAGGGGGACCUUGCGGGCGCUGCAGGAUUUCAGUCCUUCACGGCGUAGUGUGUUACCAAUUGUUUUCUUGGUGACUAUGGUCCCAGCUGCCUUGAGAUCAUUGACAAUAUCCUCCCAUGUAGUUCUGGGCUGAUUCCUCACCGUUCUCAUGAUCAUUUCAACUCCACGAGGUGAGAUCUUGCAUGGAGCCCCAGGCCGAGGGAGAUUGACAGUUAUUUUGUGUUUCUUCCAUUUGCGAAUAAUCGCACCAACUGUUGUCACCUUCUCACCAAGCUGCUUGGCGAUGGUCUUGUUAGCCCAUUCCAGCCUUGUGUAGGUCUACAAUCUUGUCCCUGACAUCCUUGGAGAGCUCUUUGGUCUUGGCCAUGGUGGAGAGUUUGGAAUCGGAUUGAUUGAUUGCUUCUGUGGACAGGUGUCUUUUAUACAGGUAACAAGGUGAGAUUAGGAGCACUCCCUUUAAGAGUGUGCACCUAAUCUCAGCUCGUUACCUGUUUAAAAGACACCUGGGAGCCAGAAAUCUUUCUGAUUGAUAGGGGGUCAAAAACGUAUUUCCCUCAUUUAAAAUGCAAAUCAAUUUAUAACAUUAUUGACAUGCGUUUUUCUGGAUUUUGUUGUUUGUAUUCUGUCUCUUACUGUUCAAAUAAACCUACCAUUAAAAUUAUAGACUGAUAAUUUCUUUGUCAGUGGGCAAACGUACAAAAUCAACAGGGGAUCAAAUACUUUUUUCCCUCACUGUAUAUGACGAUAUCACCAUCACACCCUCUGACAUCAGUUAAAAUGAAAGCUUCUCUUCAUUUUCUUUGGUAGUUUUGUGUUACAUCACUUACCAAAGCUAUCAGAAGCCAACUUCACAUAACAUUGUGGUCUACUGUUCCUCUUUUUAUCAGUUUCAUUCUUCUCUGCCUCUAACCAAACUGUUUCUAAUUUCUGGUAUAAUAACACAAGACUGUCGGAGGGACUUUCAUUCGAUAGUACAGUGCUCUGGGUGACGUGGCUUUGAAAAUCUGACAUGAUAAAACCAGGACUUAUGUUUAUAAAAAAAAGUUUCAUACCAAUUAUCUUUUAGCUGUUAGAAGCCCCAUUUGUGCUAUCCGUUUGUGUUGGAAUUAAUAGAAUAAUAUAAUUCUCAGUGGUUCUAACUGUUCUAUUAUUACAAUUCUUCUGCUGGCGUGGCACUUCUCAUCUGGAGUCCUGGAGGCUAGAGUCAAACUGCAGUACACGUGCCUGCCAGGUGAAGAGUGGGCUACUGGGUGAUUUACGCACAUGUUGUCAAUCCAUUUGACUCUCCAUUUGGUUCCCAUUAAACUCUCUACAAGUGGCCUUCAUCUCACUAAAGGAGAGACAGAAAUACAUUGAUGUUUAUACCAGCAGAUAUCCCACAGCCCUGAAACCGUUCUGUGGUUAACUGGUGCUUUGAUUACAAGGCCUUGGAUUAUCUGUCACUGCAAGGCCAAUGUUAACAUCCUAAUUACUUUGAUACAGAACAUUAAUGUUAGUCAAGUGGUGUGACAUUGUUCAACAUCAUUAAUUGGUCACCUUAGCAAUGACACAGAGGUCACAGAGUUCACUAUUGUUUUUAUAUAACUCCUUUUCUCCCUCAAAUGCAAAACAAACUAUUUUUAGUCUAAUGAAGUCAAGUGCAGCCACGUAGCUUUCUACAAUCUGCUGACAACAGUGUACAGUACAUUACAACCACACCAUUUGUUUUUGUGUCUUUCUUCCUACUUUUGUCAGUGUGGGCGGGGGCAGAGGGUUUCUACAGUAAAUACUGGCAUUUCUGUGUGCCAACUGCUGAUGUGUUUCAAGUCCCAAUCCAGGAAAUGAAUCAGCAAAUCCAGGGCAAUGAGAUGAGUUAGGAUUUUGGGUAAUCCCUCAUAAUUUUUUGUAGGUUUACAGGGGGUAGAUGAGGCUGAUGAAAAUGGGUCUGGGUUUGUCGGUUUGGGGUGACUGGGGUCACACAGUGUUACCCUAAAUACAUUAGUCCAAUUCAUUAUGGAGUCAUCUUGUGAAGACAUGGUAAUCUUUUACUUGCUAAGGUGUUUUUCAGAGGAGGACUAAUUUAUUUAUCUUACUGCCUUGAGUGCAGUGCCUGACAGGAGUGUUUCAGUGCAUUUGUUUCUGACCAUACUGAGCGUCAUCAAUUUAAUACUUCUGCAAAUCUAAACUUGCAUACCUGACCUCAAACAUACAUUUCUGCAGAUUUGAAUGGUUGAAGAGUCCCACUAACAAGUAGUUCCUUAGAAGUCCAAUAUGGAUGGUAUUAAGAGAUACAGUUGAAGUCGGAAGUUUACAUACACUAAGUUGACUGUGCCUUUAAACAGCUUGGAAAAUUCCAGAAAAUGAUAUCAUGGCUUUAGAAGCUUCUGAUAGGCUAAUUGACAUCAUUUGAGUCAAUUGGAGGUGUACCUGUGGAUGUAUUUCAAGGCCUACCUUCAAACAAAGUGCCUCUUUGCUUGACAUCAUGGGAAAAUCAAAAGAAAUCAGCCAAGACCUCAGAAUAUUGCAAAUCAAUCCCAGAACAACAGCAAAGGACCUUGUGAAGAUGCUGGAGGAAAAAGGUACAAAAGUAUCUAUAUCCACAGUAAAACGAGUCCUAUAUCGACAUAACCUGAAAGGUCGCUCAGCAAGGAAGAAGCCACUGCUCCAAAACUGCAACUGCACAUGGGGACAAAGAUCGUACUUUUUGGAGAAAUGUCCUCUGGUCUGAUGAAACAAAAAUAGAACUGUUUGGCCAUAAUGACCAUUAUGUUUGGAGGAAAAAGGGGGUGGCUUGCAAGCCGAAGAACACCAUCCCAACCGUAAAGCACGGGGGUGGCAGCAUCAUGCUGUGGGGGUGCUUUGCUGCAGGAGGGACUGGUGCACUUCACAAAAUAGAUGGCAUCAUGAGGAAGGAAAAUUAUGUGGAUAUAUUGAAGCAACAUCUCAAGACUUCAGUCAGGAAGAUCUGAUAUGUGUGAGAUAGUAAAUAAAUGGAUGAUUGAUUAAAAAGUAGUCACUGAUUGUGUCAGACAAUACCUUUAUGAUCUAGGGAGUGCCUCAGCAUGUUUAGUUAUGAUGGUUAUAAAUAGUUACAAAUCAGAAACAAUCUCCUUUUGAUCUUACUUUAUACCUUUUUGAUAUUGCACAACAUGAUAUAGAGGACUGUUGGCUUACUCACUGUAAGGUUUGUUACUGAUACUAUACUCUGUCAGGGGUAUUCAACUCUUAACCUACAAGGUCCGGAGCCUGCUGGUUUUCUGUUCUACCUGACAAUUAAUUGCACACACCUGAUAAAUCAGUCCCUGAUUAGAGGGGAACAAUGAAGAAAAGCAGUGGAACUGGCUUCGAGGUCCAGAUUUGAGUUUGAGGGCUCUAUGUUGUGCAAUUAUUGUAUGUCAUUUCUAGGAUCCCUCAACUCUUGUGCUGAUUUCCUGCUUUCCCCCUACCCGCUCUCUCCUAACAAUCUAUAUCUAGGGGUCAAAGGCCCUCUUAAGAUUUCCUCUCUGCUUUUGUUUCUCUAUUUUUGGUUUCUGGGUCACAGUCAGCUCCAGACCGUUAGUCAUCUCAUCGACUAGGGCUAGGGAUGUUCUGGAGUCUGGACAGAACAUUACACUAAUACUACAAACCAUGUAACGUUUAGCAUAAUGAUUUCUGUGCUGAGAAGAGGAUGAUUCGGGAGCAUUUCAUAUUCAUAUCAAUGCACAUAAACUCAUAAAGGCGCACAGAUUCUAACCCCAGCUUUUAAAAGGCUGGAUCUGGGUACAUGUUCUCAACAAGUUCUCAUAUAUAAUGUGUCUCUAGGUGUCCAGUGUCUAGUGAGGUCAGGACUAUUAUUGAUUAUGAUUACUGUAAUAAUCAAUCUAAUAAUGAACACCAUCCAAGUAAACAAGAUGGUUGGUGGUUAUGGAGUGUGUGAACAGUGGAGAGGGACCCCAGAGAGGGUACACACCCUGUUUCUGUAGAGGCCGCUGGGGGGUGAUGUAAGGGGGAUUCUGGGGUGAGGCUAGGGUUGGCGUAAUGGAGGACUUUGGGGUUUGGGAGUGUGGUGUGUGGAGGGGCUCUUGCCUCAGCCCUGUCUAGAUCUAGAUGAGAAUGACCUUUAACCCUGUCUUUCUCUCUGUCUGUUCCUGUUCCAGAGGCCAGUAAGCUGGUGAUGUCAUAUGUGGCGGCGGUGUGUGGGAAGGGCCAGGAGGUGAACAAGGUGAAGGAGCAGCUGCUGCAGUCCAAUCCCGUGUUGGAGGGUGAGUGUUCUAACCCCACCCACCUUUCGCUCUUUCCCAUGCAAGUUCAGAAUAGGAGGGGCUUAUAUAUGCGAGUGGAAGUGGCUCCCAUGCUUCAGGUUCAGAGUGGGAUGGGGCUCAACUAGAAUGGCCGAGGCAUCAGGGACACACCCACUUUAACACACAGAUAGUUUUGCUUUUUUUCUCGUACCGGUCUCUUUCUCACACACGUCAUUUUUUAUUUUUUUAUUUAACCUUUAUUUAACUAGGCAAGUCAGUUAAGAACAAAUUCUUAUUUACAAUGACGGCCUACACCAACCAAACCCGGACGAUGCUGGGCCAAUUGUGCGCAGCCCUAUGGGACUCCCAAACACGGCCGGUUGUGAUACAGCCUGGAAUCGAACCAGGGUGUCUGUAGUGACGCCUCAAACACUGAGAUGCAGUGCCUUAGACCGCUGCACCACUCAGGAGCCAAAGACAGCAGUGUUUUAAUUGGAGAUCUGUAGUCAGGAAAUGCUCAUGAAUGAUGAAGCCAGCCUAUCGGUGCCUAGUACUUAGCUGCUGUACUAUAGAGCCAGGCCCAGAACACACUCAGUAAGAGUAUAGCAGCUACAGGCUGUAAUGACCCCUAGGUACACAGAGAGCGAGAGAGAGAGUGGGUGGGAGAGAGAGCGGGAGAGAUUGGGAGGGAGGGAGGGAGGGAGGGCGGGUGGGAGAGGGAGCACGAGAGGGAGGGAGGGAGGGCGGGUGGGAGAGGGAGCAUGAGAGGGAGCGAUGGGAAGAGAAAUCCUGCUCCACAAGGCUCUUGUCUUUUAGGCUCAGGCUCCCAAUGUACCUGUUUUUGAAAACACCACAGACAUAGACUUGCUGUAGUUAGCAAUGAUUAACUUAAUCAACACUCCUUAAUUAGGUGGCCGAUUUAAGUACUUUACAACCCCACAGUGCUGUGUUGAACGACAAAUGAAUGCUGUUUAGUGUAAAAUGUGAGUUUUGGAGGUAGGAAGAGAACACUAAUAAUAUAGUUUUAAUGUAGUUGGUGCUCCCACAAAUUUCAGCCUGCUUAAAGGAGUGUACUUAAUGUGCAAUUUUGUACUUUCUUUGUUCAGGGUCUUUUCUUGUAUGGUCAUUGUGUUAAGAAAUGUGUGUUGAACUAUGAAAUACUGCAAACUUAUAAUUGAUGGUCUCUGGUCAUUUUCAUCAUUUUGUACUAUGUGUAGUGCACAGUUCACACACAACCACUGACUUAAAUGUAGCGAGACUGCUAUGUUGAGCCUUAUGCUUUGAAAGCCUCCGAGCUUUGUUUUAAUCCAGACCCUCAAUAACAUAAUGGGACUGAUUAGACAUCAGACCAAAAGGCUUUGUGACCAUCUAGGUGUUGCAUGAUUGACAGAUAAGUGAGGACUAGGUAGAAUAUGAUCAGCUUUUACAGGUUCGACAGACACUGUUAAGUAGAUUUGAUGAACUGAGCACCAACUAAGCCAUCAGUAUGUAUGUGUUAGUUAGUGCCUAUGAUUUAGCAGAGAAAGUGAUGCUUGCUUGAUGAUAACCUUUCACUUACUUGAAGUAAUACAGACUUAUGGUCUAUCAAAAUGUAAAAUAUACUGAGUUUGGUUGCCCUGUCUACCUGACUGAUACUCAUGUUGAAAUGUUUCUUUUCAGCUUUUGGGAAUGCUAAAACUGUGAGAAAUGACAACUCAUCCCGAUUUGUAAGUAUCAUCUUUUCUUUGUUGCCCUAACACUAACACUGAAGUCUGUGGGUGCUUUGAUGGUCUGAUCCUCCAAUAAGAAUCAGUGUUUGGUGAUCUCCUCCACUGAAGCUGUGUUUACUUUAGAUUAAACACAGGUGGACCUUUGAUCUUGACAUCACCACAGGCAAACAAACCCUCACCCCUUCUCUCUUUUAUCUCUUUUUCUCUCCCAUUUCUCUCAUAUCACUCUUUCUCCCCUAGUUCCUCCCUCAUGUUCUCCCUAUGUAUAGCUUGCAAUUGGCUCUCUCUGCAGACCCUGACUUAAGACCAAGCCGUUACAGUUACAGCAUAGAGGCAGCCCAGGAUAGAAGUGAAACCCAAGUCAUCAUAACGUUUUUUGGCAACUAUCACCAAAUGUCUGCCGAUGGCCCCUGCCAAGAUCGCUUUAGUGUUUGGGAAACUGCUCUUUUCUCCAGAAACCACUACCUCUGGUGUCAUGUAAUGUUUUCCUACAGUGACAUGGCUCUUAAAGCACUAAAUAUAUCAACUUAUUCCACUCCCACAUGGCACAGGCGCCAGUACGGUGCUGCUUUGUACAGUUAAAGAUUACAUCACAUCAUGCAAAACAGCUUGUGUCUCAGGCCUCGCUCGGCUGGUGUGGAGACGGUAUCGACGAUACGAUCGUCAGCCAAUGGGAUGGUUAGGUUUACGGUAACUGUGUUACUGUGACCUCUGACCUUUUGACUAUUGGCCAACUGCCCCUGCGGAACUAACAUACUUGGAGACCUACACUACCUCUCCUCCAAUAUGACUUAUGCACAGUGAGCAUUCUGGUGCAAACAUGGCUCCUGCAGCAUAUUGGAGCUUUAGGAAACUGACUGACGCUUUGACAAAUGGAGAUAACAUCAGCAGAGUGGUGAUGCAACCACUAUCUUACUCUGUUUAGGUUUUUUGUCUGGCAGACUAAUCUAGGAAAUCGUUUCAUUUCCAGAUGCUGGAGAUAUUAAAUGAGACGUCCCGUUUUGGACCGCAGUACGUUUUUGCAGUCUUUUUAUUUCUCACGCUUCCUCGCUGGCUGGCUGGCUGUGUUUUCCAGAGGGGCCCAUUGGCAGCCAGCAGCUGCCUGUUUUAGAUUGUAGAUUCCACUGUUUCCGAUGUCACCACAUUACUGCAGGCUUCCCCAAUCAGACUGGAAACACACUGACUGACUGAAUCAUAUCCCACCCUGCCUCGGGCUAACCAGUCUUCACUUAAUGCCUGUUUAUUUAUCUAACCUUUAUUUAACCAGGCAGGUCAGUUAAGAACACAUUCUUAUUCACAAUGAUGACCUAAUGUCUAGGGCACUGGUCAGGUCACGUUGUCAGGACAAAACCAAAACUCACAGGCCCUUGUCAUGUACCAUUGUUAUUUUAACUAAUAUCCCACGAUAUUAGUUAGUUAGUUUAGUCUGGUGUUCAAGUGCUCCGUGUACCAUACUAUUCAACCUCUGUGGCUUUCAUAAAGUUGUGCAACUCACUCACCCACCAAAGUUAGUGUAGCUACCUACCUGUCCCUAGCCUGUGCUCAGGUUUAGGAUAUCAUAGCAGGGGAAUUAUUUAGGAUUAUGCCUGAUCUGUUUAUAUUUAGGUAACCUUGGUAUAAACCACUGAAUGAGCACCUCCUGCUUGUUCCACUGAAUGCCAUUUAGUUCUAACUCAUCUCCUCAGGACGAGGACAGAUUGUUUGAUCUGUUUCUUCCCCCUGCAGAGAGACUGGGGAUGUUGUUGAAUCUGGCAGCGGCCAUUGCCAGUUUAAGCUACGGCUUAAAAACAAAGCUGUCAGUUAUAAAUAAAAGGAAGACAUAUCAAAUGGCUGCGAAGACACUGGGCCCAGUGUUCUUCUAACCCACAUUUUAAACAGAACAGAGAGGGUGAGCGAAGCAAGCUGGUUUGUUUUACUCUCCUUUCAAAUGGGAGAAGAAAAAAGUAAUUUCCUUCACUUCACAGUAGUCAGUUUCUUCACAGCAAACCUAUGUGUGAUUGGCAGCUGACUUUAUGAACACGUCCAGUGCCUGGAGACAAAAUUACUUCUUCAAAAUGAGUUUGGAGAGAAACCCUUUUCUCCUUUCGAUUCCCUCUCGUAACGUAAAGCUCAUAUUUCAGUGAGGUUUGCUGUGAUCCCUGCCUGUGCUUGUGCACGCUUCCUAUUGCAUUUUUAAAGCUACUGCCUGGGAUCUGGGAAUGUGUUCAAUGGCCAUUUCAAUUAUUAAUAUUUACCCAUUGAUUCCUAAACAAUAUAACUUAAAUGCAUCCAGGGCUUGUGCUGAGUUUGCUACAAAGCAACCUAACUUUGCCACCUUAUUAUAAGCCCUGGGCCCGACUCAUCCUAUUCCUCCUGUUUUAUCUGUUUAUCUCUUGUUUUGGCUGCCUGGAAAACCGCUUCAUUGCUAAAAGAAAACAACAUAGAUUUGCCUCUGAGACAAGCUAGUUGUUGUUUUAUUUACCCAAUAACAUGCUGAUAUGUUAGUGUGGUGUCAGGGAGUUCUAAUCACUGUGUUCUCUCUUCUCUACAGGGGAAAUACAUGGACAUUGAGUUUGACUUCAAAGGAGACCCUCUGGGUGGAGUUAUUAGCAACUGUGAGUAUUAUAAGGAAGACGCGCACACACACACACUUCAUGCUUAAAUAACCACAUGCUAAGCUCUCCUACACCCAUCUAGCCCUCUCACAUGUCACUGCGGUGAGCAUGGUAGCGAUAGUGUAGCCCUCCCACUGUUAUAGCCCACUGACACAGUUAGCUCAAUUAAACCCCCCAGUCAGUCAGUCAUCCUACCAUGGUAAUGGUUUGUCACACACACUGGGCGAGGGACAGGAUCUGGAUGAGGGAGAGGACCAGGGACAGUGAGAGGGCCAGGGACAGGGUGAGGGCCAUGAAGAAGGGGCGAGAGGGCCAGGGACAGAGAGGGUGGGAGGGAGGGAGAGGGAGUCGAGCACUUCAACACAUGCUGUCCCUGCACGCCCGGUCGGUCGGCUCACCAAAGAGAGAGGGAGAUCAAUAUUACACUGUUUGUUUUCAGUCAAUGGAGGGUCAGUGACACACGGGAACUAGAUGGGGAAAAAACAAACUAAAACAACCUGAACAGUUGCCAAACAGUGACUACUUUCUGACUGCAGUACCUCGUAUUGUGCCUCGUAUCAACCGCUUUGUUAUUGUUUUGUCCUGUCUCAUGUUCAUAUUGUUUUGUCUAGUCUGAAGAGAUUCAGCCAUGAGGUCACGGGAAACAAAGAUCGGGUUGAUCUCUGUCACAGAUAGUCGUCUGUCCUUUCUGUCUGUUGGGAGAGGAGAGCUCAUGGAGACUGCCCAGUACCUUCAUAGGUUUAUGAUGGAGAGAGGGAGACUGAGGGCCAUGUGACUCUAUGGAGCAAUGGUAUAUAACAGAAAGAGGGGGAUGGAUGGAAGUUAGUGAUGUGCUGGUUGACUCAUAACCGGACGUUUUUAGAGUCAUAUAAAUAUUGUGUGGCUGAAGGGCGGGUUGAAUAAAGAUAAACAAUACCUUAAAAACUCCAUAAAUGUAUAAUUAUUGUGCAAUUUAAAUAGGCUACAAUUAGGUUUUUCUUUCAUUAUUUUAGACUAUCUGGUUUUACUGCAUAAGCUUAAACUUUAGUUUAACUACACAGCCAAUCGCCAGAUAAUGCUUUUGGGAACGGGCAGAAAAAGUUAACGUCAAUCCACAGAGGCAAAAAGGACAUUACCGAAGUUUAAUUCAAUAAGACAAUAGCUGCGAAAGGAGAGUUGAAAAUAAAGAGAAGGGAGGGCCAGAAAAGUAAUGUUUGGAAAAUAUUUGGUGAAGUGGUAAAAGAGGAUGAUAGCUGUGCCGGCUAUGUUAUGUGUGAUGAUUGUGAGGCUCUAUUCAAAUUCAACAGUCACAAGACGGGACUUCAAAUAGGCCUAUGGCAUGUCAAGGGAACUGUAGCCUACUGUUUAGAUGGGUUAAAUGGAAAAUGAAAUCUGGACAUUGACUAACCAGAAUAACCUACUGUUUUUUGGCAAACUCCAAUGUCCUCUGAUAAUACUAGUCCCGUGCGAAUCGACAUCCCUGUGUUUUGAGAGAAAUGUCUGAGUUUGACAGGUUGCUCAUCCACCUCUGGCCUGCUGGUCCCCCUACUUCUGCGGAAGCACAGUUCCCGCUCAGCCCAAUCAAAACUGUUCGCUGCUCUGGCACCCCAAUGGUGGAACAAGCUCCCUCACGACGCCAGGACAGCGGAGUCACUCACCACCUUCCGGAGACACUUGAAACCCCACCUCUUUAAGGAAUACCUGGGAUAGGAUAAAGUAAUCCUUCUACCCCCCCUUACCCCACCACAAAGAAAGGAGAAAAAUAUAUAUAUAUAUAUAUAUAUAUAUAUUGUAAAGUGGUUAUCCAAAGUGGCUAUAAGGUGAAUGCACCAAUUUGUAAGACGCUCUGGAUAAGAGCGUCUGCUAAAUGACGUAAAUGUAAAAAAUGUAAAUGUUUGAACAAGAAAACAAUAACUGAUUCGAUAAAUUGAACGAAGUGCUGCGCAUAGCCUAUAUAUGAAGGGCCUACAUGUAUCGACUUUCACAGUGAAUGCUUUUGUUUAUACGUUUUGUGCGAAUUAAUUGAAUAUCGCCAAAUGCAUCAUACAAAAUAUUGCGCAUAUUUAAUGCAACCAUUGCUGUUAAUAGAGCACAAAGGAGUAUACAACUGAGCUAAACAUUUGGAACAUCCAUAGCCUAAAAAUGCAUAUCAAGUGCAAGUUAACAGUUUAGCUCACAUCUGAAGGCUGGGGGGCUAGGAUGUCUUCUACUGCGGAUCGCUAAAAUAUCCGAAUGAUUAUGAUCACACUUCCUCAAUUCAAAUAUUAUGGCGACAAUAUACCAAAGAUGGUUUGGUAUGGUUUAGAAACUUGGGAAUCAAGCUCGAGUUAUCAGUUUAGCCUGUUAUCACCUGGACUUGUUGAAAUAUCUUCAUGCCUAGAAAAAGAACUCCAGGCUUCUGUCAUAACUGUCAAUUUAUAGAAAAAAUAAGAAAUAAUUACGAAUCGUCCUCUGGAAUAACGGAUAUUCUGUGGUAAUAAAUACAUAACCAGCGUGCUCUAGUAAUACUAGUCCUGUGCGAAUAGUGCUAUAUCCUUAAUAAUAACUCCUGCAGCAUUUCUUGCAGUAAAAUUAUACACCAAAUAUUGGCAAAAUAUGGACUUGGGAACAGGAGUGAAGAAAUAUUAUUUAUUUGUUUCUGCAUCUUGAGAGAAUACAAUGCUCAGUUAGAAUACCAUCUUUAGAGGUGCUGUCUUCAUCAUAAAAGCUGAUUAUGUAUUUCAACCACAUAAAAUAUGCAUCGAAGCCGAACUGAAAUCUUAUCAGAAACACGUUGGGUCAUUUUCACAGCUUUCUUUUUCCUUACAACCGGUCAAACUGAUGUCAUUUGGACAUUUUGCACAGAACAUCUUUCCAGUUUUUUGUUGUUGUUGUUGCUUUAUUGUAUUUUCUCCCCAUUCCCUAAACGUCUUUGCUCCGCGAAAGAUGACAGAGAACUUUAUUGAUGUCAACUAGAUAGAAGCAUUCAUUCUAUCGAUCUAUUACAUUAUUCUGUUGAGCAAGGGUUUAUUUAGUCUCCUAGGGCAACAUAUAAUGACAAAAGAGAAGCUACAUGUAUCUAACUAUAGACAAGUUGACUAACAAAUAGCCUACCAAAAUGUCGGAAAUUAUAAGCAGAAGCAUACACUACAUGGCCAAAAGUAUGUGGACACCUGCUCGUCAAACAUCUCAUUCCAAAAUCAUGGGCAUUAAUAUGGAGUUGGUCCCCCCUUUGCUGCAAUAACAGCCUCCACUCUUCUGGGAAGGCUUUCCACUAGAUGUUAGAACAUUGCUGCGGGGACUUGCUUCCAUUCAGCCACAAGAACAUUAGUGAGGUCGGCACUGAUGUUGGCCUGGCAUAGGCCUGGCUCGCAGUCGGCGUUCCAAUUCAUCCCAAAGGUGUUUGAUGGGGUUGAGGUCAGGGUUCUGUGCAGGCCAGUCAAGUUCUCCCACACUGAUCUCGACAAACCAUUUAUGUAUGGACCUCACUUUGUGCACGGGGGCAUUGUCAUGCUGAAACAGGAAAGGGCCUUCCCCAAACUGUUGCCACAAAGUUGGCAGCACAGAAUUGUCUAGAAUGUCCUUGUAUGCUGUAGCGUUAAGAUUUCCCUUCACUGGAGCUAAGGGGCCUAGCCCGAACCAUGAAAAACAGCCUCAGACCAUUAUUCCUCCUCCACCAAACUUUACAGUUGGCACUAUGGAUUGGGGCAGGUAGCGUUCUCCUGGCAUCCGCCAAAACCAGAUUAGUCCGUCGGACUGCCAGAUGGGGAAGCGUGAUUCAUCACUCCAGAGAACGCGUUUCCACUGCUCCAGAAUCCAAUGGAUGCAGGCUUUACACCACUCCAGCUGACGCUUGGCAUUGCGCAUGGUGAUCUUAGGCUUGUGUGCGGCUGCUCGGCCAUGGAAACCAAUUUCAUGAAGCUCACGACGAACAGUUAUUGUGCUGACGUUGCUUCCAGAGGCAGUUUGGAACUCGGUAGUGAGUGUUGCAACUGAGGACAGACGAUUUUUACGGCCUACGCGCUUCAGCACUCGGCGGUCCCGUUCUGUGAGCUUGUGUGGCCUACCACUUCGCCACUCUGUCUAUGGAGAUUGCAUGGCUGUGUGCUUGAUUUUAUAAACCUGUCAGCAACGGGUGUGGCUGAAAUAGCCGAAUUCACUAAUUUGAAGGGGUGUCCACAUACUUUUGGUGAUGUAGUGUAUCUAAAUCAGGCAACCAAAAGAAAUUGCGGGUUUGGUGCGGGGCUCAAAUUUUCACUAUCACAUAUAGUCGGGCGGUUGCGGAUUAGUUAUUAGCAAUUGCGAGCAGGUGCGGGUGAACAAACAGCUGACCUGCGCACCACUAAUGGAAGAUGAGAGGCCUCUCUCAUGCCUGAGGGCUUCCCUCAGAAGUCACUAGCUAUAAAUUCCCCUGUUUCUUUAUGUCGCUGCUGCAGCACAGUCAGCAGACACCUCAUUAUGGCCCCCUCUCCAUGCCCAGAUGUCUUCUUUAACUGGGGAUAAAGAGCAGGAACACCUCUAGGGCAGUGGUUCUCAAACCUGUCCUCGGCACCCCCAGAUGUUUCACAAAUUUGUUGUAGCCCUCAACUAGCUCACCUGAUUCACUUAGUCAAGGGCUUAUAAUAAUAAUAAUAAUAAUAAUAAUAAUAAUAAUAAUAAUAAUGUCAAGUUGUCAAUUUGAAUCAGAAUGUGCUAGCUCUGGAAUAUAUCAAAUACAUGGAAUGGUUGUGGGUUCCCAGGAGAGGUUUGAGAACCACUGCUCUAGGGCAUGGUCACAGUACAGUGGAGCAGCUAGGGUUAGGCCACAGUCGAGGAGGGUUUAGGACACUACAGCUCAUGCUCGCUAGUUUUGUAUGGGAGAAUGUGUCAAACUGUAUGUGUUGAAUUUUGUCUGCUUUGAUAAUCUGUUUAAAAAUAUUUUUUAUGUGAUUGUGCCUUGUUCAUUUCCCAUUUUGUAUAACAAAGUAAAGUCGACUUAGAUAAUGGUAACUUGCGAGGAAGAGGAUAUCAAUAACCAAGCGGACAAUCCUUUGGUGCUUGUUAAAUCCUAGUCUAAACAACAAGACAGGAUAUGGACUUCCAUUCUUACUUUGCAGUAUAUAGCGUGUCUGGCAUUUCUCCUUUAAUGUAUGUUUGUUCAUCUAGGAACCAUAUCCUGGAUGCAGCCUGCCUGCUGCAAAUAACUAAAUAGCAUUCAACAUUUUACAAAUGCUUUACAGCAGGCAUGAAAAACAGCGCAGCAGCCUUAGUAGUAAAAAGCAAUAACAGGGCUGAACUCUUCUAGUAUACAAAAGGUGAAAGGUCAUGACAGAGAGAAGAGCCCCCUAUGGGGGAGACUGAAUGUUCAGAACAUUCUUGAGCCACAUUUCCUGUUCCUGCAUCUUAUUUUCUGCUGUUGGAACUCACUGUUGUGAGUUUUGUCUGGUCAAGAGGUAUUUUAUGUACUCUGUAUUAGAAAAGGAGAGAUGGGGGAUAGAAUCCAUGCUGUCAGGCUCCAUUUUGAUUACAUUUCAGAGGCAGUGCAUUGCUCAGAUCUGCUCGUCUGUCGCGCUCUAAAGAGAUGCUACGUUAUUGAUGAGCUGAUAGACACGUGUUUAAAAUCUCAGAGAAUCACUUAGUGACGAACACACACACACACAGUGAUUACCAUGUGGUGGUGAAGCAUGGCUGGCACAGAUUCGUAACCACCACCUACCUGCUAGCUGUUGACACCUGUGGCUCUCUCCACACACACACACACACACACACACCGUCUAUUGACCUCCCGUUUCUCUGUAGUGGGCCAGUGGCAUUAAGUGCUGUGCCAGAGAAAGUAUAAAUGCAUUAUGAAGUGGUCCCUGACUCUCUAAGCGUUUAAUGCCCCCACUGAGAGGAUGACUCAGGACUUAGGGCUCGUAGCUGACCGGUAGCUAGCAGUUCCCACUCAGGUCCGUGGGCUGAAUAUAACUUUAAUUCGGCUUGUCAAGCAAACCGUGCUUCUGUAUGCCUGGCCAAUGCCAAACUCAAAAGCUAAAUUAUCUUACUUUCCUGAUCAACUUAUAGUAAAUAGAGCUAUGUGAACCACAUUAACUGUUGAAAUGUAAAAGUAUGUAUCACAAGAGUACAUCCUUUUCAAUCUAGGUGUUGUAGUUGGUAAGUAGCUAAGGAGAAGGAGCUGACUUGACAUUUGAUCCCUUCAUAUGGUUUCCUCCUUUGAGUCUUCCUGUGCCGGCCGGCUCAGAGACUCCACUUCUACACAAUGAACAAUGAGACGCCAACAUAACCGUGACUCUGUCACCUUGGAAACACUAAUAUUUGGCUAUAACAGGGAGAUGCAUCCAUCAGAGCUCUACAGAUGUGGUCUGGACACUGACCAUGUGUAGAAAUAAAAGAUCAGUCGUGUUCUUUUUUAUAUAUUUUUCUUAGACAUUGCGCAUCAGUCGUGUUCUUAGCUCAUUAAAUUAAAUCUUAUUUUACAGUGUAUGUCCUGCCUAACCUCUACCAUGUGUAGGAAACUCAUGGUAGAGUAAUAAUAAUACCUUGUUAAAUCUUGGUUUACAUUUCCUUUUCCUACCUUACCCGUUGUUGAAUUGUUCUAGCAGGUAAUUCAGUAUAAGGCCUGUUUUUAACAUCCAUGUCUUCAUUAUGUCCUUUAUAUAUUGUUAUCCUCAGAUCUUCUGGAGAAGUCCAGGGUUUGCAAGCAGCCGAGAGGAGAGAGAAACUUCCACAUCUUCUACCAGCUUCUUUCUGGAGCCUCGGAUGACACCCUGAGUAAGUUAUACUCACAGUUAUCGGUAAUACCUUCAUGACAAUAUUACUAACAUGGUAUGAAGCUUCAUUAUAUGUGGCAUAACAUCUCAGAAACGGUCAAGAAUGUUUGAUAUGUCAUGACAGAGUUAUUAUUAUUACACGUCAAAUAAAAUGUAACCGAUUUAUCUAACCGCAACAUGUCUUAGUUACUCUAAAGAAACAUGUGACCAAUACUUAAACAUGAGCCUGUGUUUAACUACAGAGAACAAAGACUAUGAAACCAGUAUGGUUUAUUUGUGCUCAGCUGGAGCUCAGCCACUGUUUGGCAGUCUUGUUGAAGGAGAACAAUAUAAUGGUCUUUGAUUCAAUGGUGGAGAAACAUCAAAAGACUUGAUUUAGCUGCACUUAAUUUAACCUGUAAUCCAAUACACCAUGCUGUGGCUUUCCUUGAUACCAGAUAUGGGACUUUAAAGGGCCAUUUGAAACUGCUGCUCGUAUGUGUGUGUGUGUGUGUGUGAACUGCUGCUCUAAAGUGUAUAGGACUUUAGUCAAUAUGCACCAUGCUAAAGCCAUGUGUUUUUGUCUUUCUGGCCCACAGUGAAACUGAAGUUGGACAGAGAUUUCAGUAAAUACAACUACCUGAGUCUGGAUUCAGCCACCGUCAAUGGGCUGGAUGACGCAGCAAGCUUCAGGACCGUCAGGGUGAGACACACACACACACUAAUUCCUGUCUGUCAUUGUGUCAAUUUGUUUUUGGCUUAGCUUAGAGGUACACUGUGGCAAAGGGUAGGGUGAGAGUAGGGUGAGAGUCUGAUCCUCUUUAUCUACUGACCGAACAAACUAGCAGGUAGAUUGGAUUCAGGUUUAAGACAGCUCUGGUCCAUGCUCUUAGCCAGCUAGCCUCUUCUACAGCCUCUCUACCUGUUAUGUGAGGGUCCAUACACGUUGCUGAAAAACAAUUCACCAAUUAACUGCAAACUUGCACAGACACGCCCCAUAAUUUUGCCAGCUAGAACCAAUGAAAUGUCUUCCUUUUUGCCGCAGUCUUUUGCUUAUCCAUGUGUGUAGUUGUGUACAGACCCUAACUUGAACAUUGAACUAUAUCCACAGCGGGUGAGUGAGACAUAAGGAUGAGUUUAGCGCAGAGAGGGAAUCCCAUUCCACCUGCCGUGAAGGCGUUCCCGUACUAUAAACAAUAGCAGAAUGCUUCAGAGUACACACACAGUGGCAGGCAGAUUAGAUGCUGUACUGAUGUGGGAAACAUAAGGGAGAAACAGCAGCUGCAUUCUUCCUUUCUAAAGUACACACACACUCGCUCUCUGACAUGCGGAGCAUGGUCAUCAUGUGUAAGUCUUUCUCUUUACCUCCAUCUUCCUCCUGACUCAGUUACUGUUGGUGACACACAGAGGAUGUUAUGUUAUGAGCUGCCUGAGCUUUAUCCAUUCCUAACUCCCUUAACAGGACUGUCCUGUACUCUACUGUCUCCCUGCCCUUGGACUCUCAGGAGCAGUGGUUGUGUCCCAAAUGGCACCUUGUUCCCUAUAUAGUGCACUUUAGGAUGCACUCAGCAUCCUGUCUUAGCACUUCUCUCAGUGAGGGAGCUAGUAGGCCACCUCACAGCUGCAGUCCAACUCAACACAAUAGAGUUCAGUGCUUUACAACAAUAGGACUCUCCACUGGAUAUGAUGUUGUUGUAGGAGCCAAAGGCAGCCUGCUACAGUCUUUUCUCGCCCUUGUUCACAAUGGCCUCCUCUGUAGCUCAGUUGGUAGAGCAUGGCGCUUGCAACGCCAGGGUUGUGGGUUCGAUUCCCACGGGGGGCCAGUAUGAAAAAAAAAAAUGUAUGCACUAACUAACUGUAAGUCGCUCUGGAUAAGAGCGUCUGCUAAAUGACUAAAAAUUUAAAAAAUGGUGUCAAAUCACAGUAACACACAUUUAAUAAUUCAAGAUAGUUCCCCAACCACACAGUCCACAUCACUGUGCCCUCUGUCACUAGUUGUCUCACUCUCUUCCCUAUCCAGUCCAGAAACUCAUCCCCCUUUCUGUUGUCCAUGUUAUCAUUGUGUGUUUGAGAUUGACUACAUGUACAUUUUAAAGUCCAACUGCAUAGAAUCACUGAUCUACAAAUCACCUUGCAUCCCAAAUCAGGGUUCGAUACUGCGACCAAAACAGUCGCAUUUGCCACUGUUUGACCUGGCAGUGUGACAGACCUUUUUUAUAGGUCGCAAGGGUGGCAGUGAUUUUUUUUUUACCUGGUCACUUUAGUUGUUGGUUCACAAUUUGCUUUUUUUAUCAUCAUGAUUUAUUCAAACAGUAAUGUGCAAUUGACCAAAAAUAGGCAACAACGGCACGGGAAUGUCCGUCUGUGUGUGUCAGGGGAGGUGUUGGAAACCCUCCGGGCCAGUCGAUCAUCCCCGUCAGUGAAAAAAUGUAUGCAUUUUUUAAUCUAGGCUAUAUAAUGGAUUAAAAAACAGAUGGAUUCCCGAAGCUGUUCAUUCAUUAUGUCUAUUAUUUAUCACACGCCCGCUGGACACACAUAGCCUAUAGAUAAUCGUUCGGACAGAGAGAGCGAGCAGCUCUCAAACAGCUGGUUGUUGCAUGGCGUGAAGACAGACAACGGUAGCGGAAGGAAAGAUGUUCCAAGUUAUGAUAUCUACCAGUAAAUGCUAAGGCAAGAAUGGGUAUGCAAACAAGGUAAAAGUUCAAAGUCUUGGUUGAAUAUUUGCAGUGCACAAUUCAGUCAUCAUGGAAUAACCUACCUUGAAAAUGACAUUUACUCUAGGCUCUUUGGUCCUUGAAGUUAUGGUACCCGAUUUAGAAGUUCUACUGCGCCAAUAUAAUAUGUGAUUUAUUUUCUGAUCAGUUUUAUCUGAUCAGUUUGUUUCCUGCCGUUUCAAUGGAAGGGUGUUGCGCUUGUCGUGGUAAAACCAUAUGCGGUUAUUAUGAGCAAGACAACAUCGAAUGUUGGCUUCAACUUAGUUUUCCAUACAAAGCGUUCCAAUACAAAGGGAACCCAGUUUUUGGUUGCGUUCUCCUUUUAAAACAUGAUACGGUAACCCCUCAAUAACUCUUCAACAUCUCAAAUGGCGAGACUGACUAGCUACCACAUGGACAGACUUCAUUAGUGUGUUUGUGCCGGGAGAAUGCUGUCUUUAGUCAUGCAAUGCCCACAUUAUUCUGACAUAGAAUGUUAAAAUAAUGUGAAUGUCAAUGCAUAAUGCCAUUGGGUAGGCCUAUAAAAAAAAAAAAAAAAAGCUUUAUUCUUAGUGGUAAUGUAUACUUGUUUUGCAUACAUUUUGGGGGGAUUUUUUCUAUAGGCUAAUACAACAAUUAAAUAUAAAAUGUAGGUCCUUGAAAAUUAAAAUUAAGUGUUUGAAAAAGUUAUUGAAAGACCUUGAAUUUGACUUGUCUGUAUACAAAAAUGGUAUGUUGUGGUAUCGUUUUGGUAUCAAGUAUCGUUCAAAUUCUGCCCUCUCGAGCAGUGGUGUCUAACUCAUUUUUCCGGGAGGGGGCGCAUUCAGUCUUCAAUGAGGUCCGUAGAGCCACACUGAAAUAUGUUAUAUUUCCUUGCUGUCAAAAUUAUGCUCUAUCCAUCGAUUUUGAAAUGUUCAAUGCUCCCAGACGUCUAGUGAUUAUUAGCGAGCUGGACAGUGAAGAUACUGUAUGAAUAUAGGUCCAUUAUUUUACAUUUACAUUUACAUUUACGUCAUUUAGCAGACGCUCUUAUCCAGAGCGACUUACAGUUAGUGCAUACAUUAUUCUUUUUUUUUUUCUUUUUUUUUCAUACUGGCCCCCCGUGGGAAUCGAACCCACAACCCUGGCGUUGCAAACACCAUGCUCUACCAACUGAGCUACCUCCCUGCCGGCCAUUCCCUCCCCUACCCUGGACGACGCUGGGCCAAUUGUGCGCCGCCCCAUUGGUCUCCCGGUUGCGGCCGGCUACAGCAGAGCCUGGAUUAUCAUUUCUACACAGUUUCGAUUUGGUUUUAGUGAUUUUAAAAGGAUACUUUGUGAUUUUGGUAAUGAGGACCUUUAUCUACCCUUUAUCUACCUAGCAUAUACCCAUACACUUCCAAUCAUUACGCUAACACUAGUUACAGUAGCAACUGCGCUAGCGCUAGUUAACAACUCCCUUCAAACUGCACACAGAGAAAUAAAAUAAAGUGCACAAUGUAUUUAUUGCAGAUUUCAAAGUGCCAUGUGUUAUUUUCUGCGAAAUCCUCUAGAGCAGCGGUGUCAAACAUACACGGGUCCAAUACGGCCCGCGGGAGGUUUGAGUAAAACAAAUAUUUUAAAAAGCAAAAGGGGGGGAGAAACAAACUCACUAUAAUUUAAAGGGAUACUUAGGGAUUUUGGCAAUUAGGCCCUUUAUCUACUUCCCCAGAGUCAGAUGAACUCAUGGAUAUAAUGUUUAAGUCUCUUUUCUUUGCUGUUACAGUAAAUCUAUCAAAAUCAAUGUAAGAACACAAGGGCAUGCUAAUUUAAAAGAUGGCUAGUCAUCAUUAGCCUGGUUUUGUAUGGAAUGCAGGCACAUUAUGGGACACAGGUCAGGCCAUUAUCAAUUAUAGAAAGAUUGGUGUGACCAAAUUGUGCUGGUGCAACCAACUGAAAAAGUUGGUGGCACUGCCACCAGUGGAAAAAGUUAUUGUAGAACCCUGCAAAUAACUACUCAUUAACAGAUCAAGAUGAGUUAUUCUGCACCUCCCCUUGCUCCAACUGAUCCCGUCAAACACGCUGAAUGUCUGAUUGGCUGUCUCUCUCCCUGUGCCAUCCCAGAAUGCCAUGCAGAUUGUGGGCUUCAUGGAGGAUGAGGUGCAGUCGGUUCUGGAGCUGGUGGCAGCCGUCCUCAAACUGGGGAACAUUGAGUUCAAACCAGAGUCCAGGGUCAACGGCUUUGACGAGAGCAGGGUCAAGGACAAGAAUGGUGAGACCAUAGUCGGACUGGACAACCAGCAGCUUUGCUGUGGGACACAAUCGUUUCCUGUUACAGUACACAUGCACACACAUCUCACUUUUUAAAUAACUUUGUGCCCACUUGUGGAUACCAAAUAAUGUGGAUGCCUGCAUUUCCCUUGCAUCUUGAAAAUGUAAAUAUCCCGUAUUGUGGCUGUAGAAAAUAUUGUUUUGGUUAUGCAUUGUCUUAUUAAUUGAAGGAUAGAUAAGAUAAGCACACUGUAAGGUAUCGGUUAGAUUAUCACCACUGACCAAUAGUCAGUCCCUCCACCACAAGCCAUGCCUGUAAAUUAUAUCAACAGUAGCAUAUGUGUUUGUUAUUGUACUUCCCCCUACUGGUUAAUGAUUAAUACAUUUAAUGGCUUACUAAGGACAAUAUGCUAUAGUUUAUGAUUGUAAGUACAAUAGGCCUAUUGAUAACCCUACUGAUUACAGCUGUCCCCUAUUAAGCAAACAUAAUAUUUAGCAUGUCUUAGUAACCCAGCCAUGGCACAACUUUGCAUUAUUUCUUUGCAAACACAACUUCUCUACAUGAUGUCACACUAAAGUGGAACUCCACAUGGUCUGUGGUGUGAAUCAUAAAAUCUAAAAUUACACCAGCUUAUUAAUGGCAUUUCCCCUUGUGACCAUUUGACGGCUGUAUGGACUGUCACGGUACACAAAGACAUUAGUCAACAACACCACUCUUACAGAAGACCAUUUAGUGAGACAAUUGACAUGUAAAUACCUAAGGACAUUAAGGUUAAUGCGCUUCAGUAACUCCUCUUAAACACUACUAUGUCCAGCUGCUUUGGGAAUUCCUGGCCAGGAGACACAAUACUGAUCCUAAAGGAGAUCCUCUGAGAAGAGAGAGAGUAGAUUACCUUAUCUCUUUAUGGAAAGGGUUUAGCUAAUGCCCUUAUGGCUACCCACUGGAACCCUGAUACUGACAUCAUGUGCCAUUGUUGGUAGAGCUUAAUGUUGAUAUGGAUUCCAUCAUCCCUGCAGGGGAUAAAUGUAUUUUAUUGAUAGAUUUCAUCUAGUCAUUGCCUAUUUGUUUCUUUGCCCUAGGCCUGUAUACAAAGCUCUAUGAUGAUUGAGUGUUUGUCUUUUCUCUUAGUGAAUGUGUCUUUCCUCUGCUCUAUCUUCCAGACCUGAAGGAGAUGUGUGAGCUGUUGGGGAUUGAGCAGUCUGUGCUGGAGAGGGCUUUCAGCUACCGCACUGUGGAAGCCAAGAUGGAGAAGAUGUCUACCACACUCAACGUGGCCCAGGUGAGAAGAACUCUCUGUCAUCACUGUAUAGCAAUAGGCUUGGGCGGUAUACCGUAUACCGGGGUAUUUGGAAAUAGCCAUGGGAUGGUUUUUCAAUACCGUAGAAAAUAUUUCUUAUAUGUUUAAAAAAAAAAAUACAUUUGAAUAUUUGUAGCUACUUUUUAAGUAAAUACCUGCGGUCAACUUGUGCAAUACGUUAGGAGAUAAAGAAGAUUGCCUUCUUCAUUUCACCUGUCACAUAUCAUUAUGAAGCUUACCGGUAGUCCCUAGUCACUUGGUGUUUGUUUACAAGCACACAGCAGCAAGAGACCGGAGCCUUGUGAGUCGCUCACUGUUGUGCAGCACGCGCCAGGUGCUCCCGAGUGGCACAGCGGUCUAAGGCACUGCAUCUCAGUGCUAGAGGGGUCACUACAGACCCUGGUUCGAUUCCAGGCUGUAUCACAAUCCGGCCGUGAUUGGGAGUCCCAUAGGGCGGCGCACAAUUGGCCCAGCGUCGUCUGGGUUUGGCAGGUGUAGGCCGUCAUUGUAAAUAAGAAUUUGUUCUUAACUGACUUGCCUAGUUAAAUAAAGGUUCAAAAAAAUAAAACAAACUAGUUACAGUAUGGAAUUCACAGCUAAAUGUUUGCCAGCUAGAUAUCUUAUAUAACUAUUAAGUUUAAAUGUCUAAAAUGUGCUAAAUGCUCUGCAGUUGUGCGUUUGGUUUUCUAAUUUAGUAGCUAGUUAGCUAUCUAGCUAAGUGGUUAGCUUCUUGAGUUACUUGUGAAACUUUGAGCUGGGAUGUCUGUCCUGAAUAUAGUUUAGGUCAGAGACUGUAUAAAAUGUUCCCAAUGCGCUUGUUAGCAUUUAGAUGGCACAAGGUCAGUAUGAAGGUAUGACAAUUUGGAUACCGCUCAAGCCUAUAUAGCAACACACUACUUUACUUUACAUAAUCUAUUUAAACAUGAGUAUAUAUAAUAUAACAUUAUAUGCCACUUAUCAACUUACAGUGAGUGGCAGUGCAUACAUUUUAGUAUUUGUAUGUGAUCCCUGUGGGACUUGAACCCACGACCUUGACGUUGCUAGCACCAUGCCCUUACCAACUGAGCCACCCAGGACCACCAAAAGGUCCUGUCAUCAUUGUAUAGCAACACACUUCCUUUCAUGAUAGCACUGACAGACUAAGUCUUAGGGGAUGUUUCACACUCCAGUUCUGGAUGGAUGGAUGAGAAAGGAGAAGAUCAAUUCCCUCUGACUUAGUUCUCUAGCAGCUAGCUAACCCCCAUCCCAUCCCCACCUACUGUACAUGGAAACAUAUCCAUAAUAGAAGAGGGGUUGGUGAAUUCUCCCCUGGAAAUGCAGAAGUUGGUCAUAUUUUGGAGGUUAGUGAGUUCAGGCAGCAGGCACAUUCAUCUUUUAGAUGAGAGGAAUAGAAGCUAGUCUCCUCUCCCAAUCCUGGAGGUCUGUGAGUUCAGGCAACAUUCAGUUGGAGAUGAAAAUAAAGUAAUAGAGGCUAGUCCUCUCCCUAGUCCUCUCCCUAGUCCUCUCCCUAGUCCUCUCCCUAGUCCUCUCCCUAGUCCUCUCCCUAGACCUCGCCCUAGUCCUCGCCCUAGUCCUCGCCCUAGCCCUCUCCCUAGCCCUCUCCCUAUGCUCCACAAAAUCAGCUUAUGAAGGAGGGUAGAACAAAGGGAUGAGCUUCACUUCUCCUGAAAAGUGAUUUAAACACUCUUGGCAGAUAUCUGCUAGCCUGGUCUCAGAUCUGUUUGUGCUGUGUUGCCAACUUCUAUACUCAUUGCCGUGACAAUGACUAUAAGAGUUGUCAAGGCAGCACAAACAGACCUGCUUCCCUGAGACAGAGACACCACCCCCUGGUGCUGCUGUGUGGUGUCUCUAGAGUCCAUCAGAACUUAUCUUAACAAAUAGAUAGCAUAAACAGAAGGGUAUAAAAAGGCCAGACAGAGACAAUAACUCAGAGCACAUUGGUUGUAGCUCUUGGAGGAACUAUCAAACUAAGGAUCACCAGAUUAUCCAUAGCACAUCAUCACCAGUUCAAACAUCAGCUCCAAGAAGUGUUUGUUUGUCAGGGAGGUUAUGCCUGGUCCUGUCCAAGUUUAACUCUUCCAUUCUGUUUGUGUGUGUGUGCCUGUGUGUGUGUGUGUGUGUGCCUGUGUGUGUGUGUGCCUGUGUGUGUACAGUGCAUUCGGAAAGUAUUCAGACCCCUUGACUUCUUCCAAAUGUUGUUACGUUACAGCCUUAUUCGAAAAUUGAUUACAUUGUUGUUGUUUUCUUCUCAUCAAUCUACAUACAAUACCAUAAUGACAAAGCAAAAACAGGUUUUUAUAAAUUUGAGCAAAUUCAGACCAUUUACUCAGUACUUUGUUGAAGCACCUUUGGCAGCGAUUACAGCCUCAAGUCUUCUUGGUUAUGACGCUACAAGCUUGGCACACCUGUAUUUGUGGAGUUUCUCCUAUUCUUCUCUGCAGAUCCUCUUAAGCUCAGUCAGGAUGGAUGGGGUGUGUCGCUGCACAGCUAUUUUCAGGUCUCUCCAGAGAUGUUAGAUCGGGUUCAAGUCCGGGCUCUGACUGGGCCACUCAAGGACAUUCAGAGACUUGUCCCGAAGCCACUCCUGUGUUGUCUUGGCUGUGUGCUUAGGGUCGUUGUCCUGUUGAAAGUUGAACCUUCGCCCCAGUCUGAGGUCCUGAGUGCUCUGGAGCAGGUUUUCAUCAAGGAUCUCUCUGUACUUUGCACCAUUCAUCUUUCCCUCGAUCCUGACCAGUCCCUGCCGCUGAAAAACAUCCCCACAGCAUGAUGCUGCCACCAUGCUUCACCAUAGGGAUGGUGCCAGGUUUCCUCCAGACGUGACGCUUGGCAUUCAGGCCAAAUAGUUCAAUCUUGGUUUCAUCAGACCAGAGAAUCCGCCCUGACCAAGGCCCUUCUCCCCCGAUUGCUUUGGCUGGGCGGCCAGCUCUAGGAAGAGUCUUGGUGGUUCCAAACUUCUUCCAUUUAAGAAUGAUGGAGGCCACUGUGUUCUUGGGGUUCCUUCAGUGCUGCAGAAAUUUUUUUGGUACCCUUCCCCAGAUCUGUGCCUCGACACAAUCGUGUUUCAGAGCUCUACGGACAAUUCCUUCGACUUAAUGGCUUGGUUUUUGCUCUGAUAUGCACUGUCAACUCUUGGACCUUAUAUAGACAGGUGUGUGCCUUUCCAAAUCAUGUCCAAUCAAUUGAAUUUAAACACAGGUGGACUCCAAUCAAGUUGUAUAAACAUCUCAAGGAUGAUCAAUGGAAACAGGAUGCACCUGACCUCAAUUUCGAGUCUCAUAGCAAAGGGUCUGAAUACUUAUGUAAAUAAGGUAUUUUUUUUUCUUCUGUUUUCCCUUUGUCAUUAUGGGGUAUUGUGUGUGUAGGUUGAUGAGGAUUUUUAUUUAUUUAAUCAAUUUUAGAUUAAGGCUGUAACGUAACAAAAUGUGGAAAAAGUCAAGGGGUCUGAAUACUUUCCGAAUGCACUGUACCUGUGUGUGUUGUUUACAUGAGGAAUGACAGCUUUUCUCUAUUCCAGUGUGGCUGUGUGCCAGAGAAUGAGCCUCUAAUAACUAUAGGGAUGUUAUUUGGCCCACUCUAGGACACGCCUCUUCAAACAGCUCAAUGUUUAAUUUCACUGUUAUUCCCCUGUAGCUCAGUUGGUAGAGCAUGGCGCUUGCAACGCCAGGGUUGUGGGUUCGUUUCCCACGGGGGGCCAGUAUGAAAAUGUAUGCACUCACUAACUGUAAGUACGCUCUGGAUAAGAGCGUCUGCUAAAUGACGUAAAUGUAAAUGUUCCGUUGUGGAUUGUUGGAAAGAGAAACAUUCUACAGCUGGAGUUAGUGCCUUGCAAAAGUAUUCAUCCCCCUUGCCGUUUUUCCUAUUUUGUUGCAUUACAACCUGUAAUUUAAAUGGAUUUUUAUUUGGAUUUCAUGUAAUGGACAUAUACAAAAUAGUCCAAAUUGGUGAAGUGAAAUGAAAAAAAUUACUUGUUUCAAAAAAUUCUAAAAAAUAAAUAACGGAAAAGUGGUGCGUGCAUAUGUAUUCACCCCCUUUGCUAUGAAGCCCCUAAAUAAGAUCUGGUGCAACCAAUUACCUUCAGAAGUCACAUAAUUAGUUAGAUUGUACACAGGUGGACUUUAUUUAAGUGUCACAUGAUCUGUCACAUGAUCUUAGUAUAUAUACACCUGUUCUGAAAGGCCCCAGAGUCUGCAACACCACUAAGCAACGGGCACCACCAAGCAAGCGACACCAUGAAGACCAAGGAGCUCUCCAAACAGAUCAGGGACAAAGUUGUGGAGAAGGACAGAUCAGGGUUGGGUUAUAAUUUUUUUUUAUCUGAAACGUUGAACAUCCCACGGAGCACCAUUUUUUAAAUCCAUUAUUAAAAAAUUGAAAGAAUAUGGCACCACAACAAACCUGCCAAGAGAGGGCCACCCACCAAAACUCACAGACCAGGCAAAGAGGGCAUUUAUCAGAGAGGCAACAAUGAGACCAAAGAUAACCCUGAAGGAGCUGCAAAGCUCCACUGAGGAGAUUGGAGUAUCUGUCCAUAGGACCACUUUAAGCCGUACACUCCACAGAGCUGGGCUUUACGGAAGAAUGGCCACAAAAAAAGGCAUUGCUUAAAGAAAAAAAUAAGCAAACACAUUUGGUGUUCGCCAAAAGGCAUGUGGGAGACUCCCCAAACAUAUGGAAGAAGGUACUCUGGUCAGAUGAGACUAAAAUUGAGCUUUUUGGCCAUCAAGGAAAACGCUAUGUCUGGCGCAAACCCAACACCUCUCAUCACCCCGAGAACCCCGGCAGGGACUGGGAAACUGGUCAGAAUUGAAGGAAUGAUGGAUGGCGCUAAAUACAGGGAAAUUCUUGAGGGAAACCUGUUUGUCUUCCAGAGAUUUGAGACUGGGACGGAGGUUCACCUUCCAGCAGGACAAUGACCCUAAGCAUACUGCUAAAGCAACACUCAAGUGGUUUAAGGGGAAACAUUUAAAUGUCUUGGAAUGGCCUAGUCAAAGCUCAGACCCCAAUACAAUUGAGAAUAUGUGGUAUGACUUAAAGAUUGCUGUACAUCAGCGGAACCCAUCCAACUUGAAGGAGCUGGAGCAGAUUUGCCUUGAAGAAUGGGCAAAAAUCCCAGUGGCUAGAUGUGCCAAGCUUAUAGAGACAUACUCCAAGAGACUUGCAGCUGUAAUUGCUGCAAAAGGUAGCUCUACAAAGUCUUGACUUUGGGGGGGGGGGUGAAUAGUUAUGCACUCUUUCUGUUUUUUGUCAUAUUUCUUGGUUGUUUCACAAUAAAAAAUAUUUUGCAUCUUCAAAGUGGUAGGCAUGUUGUGUAAAUCAAAUGAUACAACAUCCAUUUUAAUUCCAGGUUGUAAGGCAACAAAAUAUAAAAAAUGCCAAGGGGGGUGAAUACUUUUGCGAGCCACUGUAUAGCUUGACUGAUGCCACUUUCACGUCCAUAAUGACUUAUCUAUCUGAGCUCCAUGGGCCCUGUCCCAGUUGACUGGUGAAUGCUACACUACUAAAAGCAUUUGCCUGAGAUAUUUACUACAGCUAUUAUUCUCUGCGUAUGAGAGCACUGAAAUCUAUAUAGUAAGCCCUCAUUUGUGAUUUUCUAGGCCUACUAUGCCCGUGAUGCCCUGGCCAAAAACCUCUACAGCCGUCUGUUCAGCUGGCUGAUCACCAGGAUCAAUGAAAGCAUCAAGGUAAGGCCUUUCUCUGGCCUCUCUGGCCUCGCUCUGGCCUCUCUUGUCUCAUGAUUUAUUCUACACUGUAUUAUUCUACAAGACAUUGACUUUAAAGAUAUGCCCUACCAAACUAAAAGACACAUUUUAUGUGUGUCUUAUACUUUCUCUUUCCCUUUAUUUCUCCUCUCAGGCUCAAGCAAAAACACGCCACAAGGUGAUGGGAGUCCUGGACAUCUAUGGUUUUGAAAUCUUCGAGGUAAGAGUAAUGGCACACAGUUAAUGAAAGGGGUCGCCUAAAUGGACAGAAAUAUGUCCAGAAAUGACCUCACACCUCUCAUCACCCAUGAGCGGAAGCUUAUUGUUUGCCUAAAAGAAAGAAUUUGUGUGGUUUUGUGAGAGAAUACAUUUGACAUGAACAACUAGCAACUUAACUUCCACAGUGCCUCUUUAAGUUGAUCUCUAAGGUACAUGUUCCUAAUGUUCCUGACUGUUCCCCACUCAUUAUGAAGUUGUUUCAUUCCUCUCUCCUGAAUGUUGUUGUGUCUGGGCCGACAGGAUGGAGUAAGUACACCUGCUGAGGGUAUGCUGAGUGCUGGGUGCAGUGUGCAUGCUGUGAUCUAGCUCAGCCCUUAAUCCUAGUCUUAAUUCAGAUCAUAUCUAUAACAGGACCUCCCUUGUGUUUUUUUUUGUUGGGGGGGGGGGGGUAUGAAAGAGUAUUGGUGUGUCUCUUAAGGGAAGAAGAGAACAUACAAUAGCAGAGCUAUUCUGAAGAGUGUAUGAAUUAGCCUUUUUCCAGAUCUGUUAGUGCUGGCUUGCCAACUCCUAUGGUCCUCAUCAAGCCAAAUGUUUGGUAUGACAAUAACCAUACGGUUUGGCAAGGCAGCACAAACAGAUCUGGGACCAGGCUAUGUAUGAACACCCUCCUUCUGUUGCCAUGUGGGUCCUUCUCUUCCUGACCAGAGGUCACCAGCAUGUCAUUCAUGCCCAGUAGGUAUGCUGUUCUAACCCUCUGUAACCUAAGCAAAUGGAGUGAUAUUGUUACCUAACCCAAUGCUGCUGCUGUUAGCCAAGAGUAAUGACUGGAAACUAAACUGGUCUUCUUAACUGAUAAGAAAGGGGGAUAAUUUAGAUAAGUUAGGUAUUUUAAAUGGUUAACAAUCUUUUAUACUUCAUGCCUGUUCACUGUCUCUGUUCAAUGCUGUUGAAAUGAGCUGAUAAACACUGAAGCCUUGCCAAGAUUAGUUAACAUGUAUCCAUGAUAAGAAACACAGAUAGGAUUAUACUAUCAGGCAGCUAUCUGUCCUUUGGAUUUGUUCAAGAGCGGUUGUAAAGCAAUAAGGAGGAAUGCCAGUCAAAGAAAGUUCUAUGCCCUCAUUUGCCCUGGCUGUUUGGUACUGUAACUAGUAUUGCCACACAUGUAUAGUCUGUUCCCACAGUAGUUCAGAGAGAGAAGAGAUUAUCUCUGUUUGUUUGGAAAGAUACAUUUUCUUUGUUAGCGUGACAUAACAGUGAAGGAAUGGGGAUCAAGGAAUUGUUGUCUUUUUUGGCAUUACCCUAGUGGUAUCCAACAAGGAAGCCACAGGGGGAGAACAGGACCCGGGAGUGACCUGAAAGCUUAUCGAAAGCUGCAUGUCAACAUAGCAACAGGUGGCAACAGAUGGGGGCCAUUUCACAGUGUCAGACAGGCAAGAGAGGACAGCAGUCAGUAUAUUACUGAGUUUUACCCCCAAUAUGUACUGAAAGUGGUGUGAUGUGGUACCAUGCUGUGUGCAUCUGGAAUUGCUACAUUUUUGCCUAUUUAGAACAUGAGUCUAAAUGGUGUCAAUGGGGGUUCUCUACAGGACAACAGCUUUGAACAGUUCAUCAUCAACUACUGCAAUGAGAAACUGCAGCAGAUCUUCAUCGAACUGACGCUACGCGAAGAGCAGGAGGAGUACAUCAGAGAGGUAAACUGUCCCCUGUUCCCUCGUCCACCUUACUGGAGACAACAAGGGUGUGUUCACUAGGGCAUAUCGUAGAUUUUUUGUGUCAAACCUUUCAAAAAGGACAACAAAAAUCAGUGUUUCUUAUUGGGACAAAUCGUGUUAGUCCCUCCCUGUUUCAGUGUGUUUUCUUCUCUUUGGUGCUUAAUGAACACAACCCAGUCGUUGCACUCUACUGGCAUGUAGUCAGAGGAGGGCGUUGCCCCAUAAAGCCAUCCAUCUCUCACUGUUCUCUUUGUGGCCUGACACCUAGUUUACAUUCCACACAUUGACAGGCCAAUUUGUAGUGUGAACCAGGUUUGUCAUGCAGUGUUUUAGUACUGGGCUGUGUUAUUGAUCAAUAUCAGUCUUUCACCUUUUGCCUUCCCAGUUUUCUCUUUAUGUCCCUCUCUUGCUCUUUCACUCCUUCCUAUCCCAUCUAUUUUGUCUUUUACUUUUCUCUUUGCCUCUGUACCCCAUUUCUCUCUUCCUCAAUUUCCUAUUAUCCAUCUCUAUCUUUCUAGUCCCCUCUUUCCAUCCCCAUUCCUUGCCCUCAUCCUUCUCUCCUGCUCUUUUCACCAUACUUUCCAUCUCUCUCUAUCCCUCUCACUCCCUCUCUUGCCCUACUUUCUUCUCCUUUCUCUCCCUCCCUCUCUCCUCUCCUCUGUGGGCUUUAGGGACGGAAUUGAUCCUUCACUCCAGCAGGGGUAAACACACUUCUCCCCCUGGGGCUCAGGCCUCUGUUUGCUUUUAGAGCUCUUAAGUAUGUGAGUGCUGCUCCCUUGACCUCCCUUCCAUGAUAUUCCACUGCCUGGCCUCCCUCCAGAACAGUGCAUGGGAAAAUACUACACUGUGGAAGACAGGAGGGGACAGGGGGCGGGACAGUGGGGACCACUGACCAAUCAGGAUGCAGAGUUCACAUCCCCAGAUGGCUAACCCAGCCCCGCCCCUUUCCUCUCCCCCAAACCUGGAACCUCUGUUUGUCUGUCACACAGACCAAGUCAGCCUGAACCACCAGUUUCCAGCCACAACAUGACAUAAAGCUCCAAAUCCAAGCCCUAUGGCUCGGCACCAUUUGUAGUGUUGUUCAUCCAGGCACUCUCAGAAACAUGUCGUAAUCCUGAGUCUUGUGCUCUUAUUGAAUUGUAUAUAAAUGUAUAUACGUUGAAUAGAAAAUAUCUUAUAAGGACUGUUACUGUAUAAGGCCCAAGCUGCAGCUGUGUCUGCCCAUGAACACAGCAGAUCUAGAUCUAUAGAAAAGGUCAAUGACUGAAUAGCUUUGGUCAGCCAGGCUAGACAGAUGUUUUAGAUACUAUCAGACAGAUAGCGAACUGCUUAAACGAUUCUCAAUCUCUUGACUUCAUGGCCCAUUGGUUAGUUGUCUGUCUGAGAUUAUAGAAGGUCAAUGGCUUUCUCUUAAGCCACUCAGGUCUGUAUAAGUAAGUCUAGGUGAGGUCAGGAUUAAAACUACAGGACAACGCUUUCUUGGAAGAAGUAAGUGAAAGUUAGUGGAAAAAAGUGAAUAGUAACCCCUCUUUAACCUCUUGACAUCUGUUCUUGUUUGUGACAGGACAUUGAAUGGACCAACAUAGAGUAUUUCAACAACGCCAUUAUCUGUGAACUCAUCGAGAAAGUAAGUAGGUCUCCCUCAAUGUCCUCUGAUUCUUGGAAAACAAAGCAAUUUCACAAGAAUCUGUGAAUAAAUCAAUUGAAACAAUUGUCCUUGAUACUGUAUACCAAUUUCCUGUGUCUUAUUGCUACAGACAGGAGAUGAUUACCUUAAAGAUGAGAACUUUGUGCUGUAAUCACAGUUGACUCUGUUGUAUCCUAAAUUUAGGAUUUCUUAUGAAGAACCUCUAAGAAACCUCUCCUCCAUCUCUCUGUCUAGAAACAGAAUGGUAUCUUGGCCAUGCUGGAUAGACCGUUGUUAAAAAUAAUUGAAUUACCCUUAAUGUCUAAAAGUAUUUCUAAGAAUUCCCCCUCCUCUCUUUAUUCUAGAACCAGAAUGGUAUCUUGGCCAUGUUGGAUGAGGAGUGCCUGCGGCCAGGCACAGUGACUGACGACACCUUCCUAGACAAGCUGAACACCAUCUGUGCUGAGCACCAGCACUUUGAGAGCCGCCUUAGCAAGAACUCCAAGUUCCUGACAGACCACAGCCUGCCACACAGCUGCUUCCGCAUCCAACACUAUGCUGGGAAGGUACGGAGGUGGAACACACACCUUGCACAUCAUCAAAUACUUUUUCUGCACUUGAUUGAGCUUGCCUGGCGCAAAGGAACCAAUUGAAUAGAAAUUUCAAAGCUCGCCCAACUGGCACUCAAAGUAUUUGAAAGAAAACCAAUACUAUUUCAACCCAGGUCUGCAACAUCUUCAAAAUUGAUGGGAAUGGGACAACAUGGUAUACAUGUAAUCACUGGCCAGGUGUCGAGACAGGAUAAAUACUGAUUAUAGUCACCAGAGCAGAGCGUGCAGAUUUGGGUUAAGAGCAUUACCUGAAGGCGUCACAUGCAGUGAUUGUAAAAAUAUCAGACAUGAUGGGAUUAGAAUAGCCCAGAAUAUCUCCAUCUUGAAAGAUUCUCUGGGUAAAUAGAUUUAUAAUCCCUGUUUCGUCAACAUGCACCACUUACAGUGAUGCAUUUUUAUGAAUCAAUCUAUAGCAAACAUUUCCUCAGGAUGAGUUUAGGAUUGACAGUAAUACACUAGUAUUACAACUACUACUACAAAAAACGUGACGUACAUGGGCACACACUUUUACUGGAUUCAGACAAAUGACAAGAAAGAAGUUGGCAGUUAAAAUAAGUAUAUUUUCAUAAUUAAGGGACGACAACAGAUAUGUUUUGUGUUUUGUAUCCGACUGUUUGUGUUAAUCUGUUCCUCUGUAAUCUUUUGUGUAGGUGCUGUACCGUGUGGAGGGCUUUGUAGACAAGAACAAUGACCUGCUGUACAGAGACCUGUCCCAGGCCAUGUACAAGGCCACCCACAGCCUGAUGAGAGAGCUGUUUCCUGAAGGAAACCCUGCUAAGGUCAACCUGAAGAGACCCCCCACUGCAGGCUUCCAGUUCAAGGCCUCUGUAGGUGUACUCAUGAGGAACCUGCAGACCAAAAACCCCAACUACAUCAGGUAAGUUACCAUUCACUCUGAGGAUCAUUUAUACUAAAUGAACAGUAUUGUGAUCAGAAAAAAAGUUGGUCACAAUUUAUUUUGAUAGUCUGGAUUUUUCAUCUGUAGAUGCUCUACAGAUAGUCAUACCAUCAACAAACGGAUUGCUAAGGUUACAGUUAGGGUUAGGUUUAGGGCUUGGUUAAGUUUAGGGUUAGGAUAAGCGCAGAGUUUCCCAAACUCUGUCCUGGGGACCCCAAGGGGUGCCCAUUUUGGUUGUUGCCCUAGCACUACACAGCUGAUUCAAAUAAUCAAAACAUGAUGAUGAGUUAAUUAUUUGAAUAAUCUGUGUAGUGCUAGGGCAAAAACCAAAACGUGCAUCCCCAGGACCGAGUUUGGGAAACGCUGGGAUAAGGGUUAGAGCUAGAGUUAAGGUUAGUAGAUAGUUAGUUGAAAUAUUACCGAGUCUGCAGAGCAUCUACAGAUGGACUAUCCAAAUAAAGUGUUUCCAAAAAGUUCCCUCAAUAAACUCUAUAAACUUGGAGCAGUAUUCUGAGACCUGAGCUAACUACAUUUUUUGUAAAAGUUACACAAAACUAUGAGUUGUCUCAACUCUAAUCCACUGAUAACCAUUGUGUGACCAUGCAUGUCCAUACCAAAGUGUCUGACUGUCUGUUUUCCUCAGGUGCAUCAAGCCCAACGAUAAGAAGGCAGCCCACAUCUUCACCGACUCGCUGGUGUGUCACCAGGUGCGUUACCUGGGCCUGAUGGAGAAUGUGCGUGUGAGGAGGGCUGGCUAUGCCUUCCGCCAGCUCUACGAGUCCUGUCUGAAGCGAUACAAGAUGCUCUGCAAGAAGACCUGGCCCCAGUGGAGAGGACCCGCCAGGUAGGACCUCUGCUCUGCCUGAACAGAAAUAAUGUAGUUAUUAUCUGCCUGUUCAGAAUAUUGUAUUUACCAUAUGAUGAACCUAGAGUAAAAAUAUUUACCUCAGUCUUCCUCAUUCAAAUCAAGGAAUAACACCCUUUUUUAAAUCAGCAGUUGUCACAAAGUGCUUUUACAGUUUCCUUUCCCACGUUCAGCAGAAUGCUGUGAAAUAACAGCAUACUAACGACAGGAUAAUGUAGUAACAGCAGUAGUCAUCCAUAGAUGAUUUGCCCACACAUAUCCCACCAUGAUACAACUAUGUCAACAAGCUGUGUUGGGGUGGUUAGAUCUUGUAGUGAUCUGCUUGCUCUUGGUGACGAUCAGUCAAUCCAUGGUUCCUUUACUCUGCCCUGGGUAUUUUGAGGCAGUUGGUCCAUAGCUCUGAUGCUAUGUAUCCAUAUAUGUCAUGUUACAUUCACUGACAAGUGAGAUGGCGCUGCAGUGGAUAGCAGACAUUUUACGGACUCCUGACCAAUUCUGCUAUUUUGUGUGCUUUUUUUACACUGAUCUUAACUUUUUUCAGAACAGCGAUCACUAACCUCGAUUUGGUUGACAAUUUCUACUUCAACGAGUCGGUAGCUCUGGACGUUCUGCUUACUCCAGACCAGGCCCUAAUCUCCGGGACUCGAAAGAGGAAGUGACGGCCCAAGAGAGGCAGACGAGCUGGAAUCCUGAUGGGACUAUGUUGGCGAGCAAAUAAACUACCUCUAUCCUCUGUUCUAUUGGCGAACAUACAGUCACUAGAGAACAAACUGGACAAGCUCCAUUCGAGACUAUCCUAUCAACGGGACCUGAAGAACUGUAAUAUUCAAUGUUUCUCAAAGUCAUGGAUGAGCAAGGACAUGGAUAAUAUACAUCUUGCUGGUUUUUUCCAUGUAUCGUCAAGACCGGACGUUAGCAUCGGGUAAGACGAUGGAGGGAGGGGUGUGUUUUUGUUAACAACAGCUGGUGCGCGAUCUCGAAUGUUAGAAUACCACAUGAUAAGCUGCAGACCAUACUGUUUACCAAGAGAGUUUUCAUCUAUAUUUUUAGUAGCUGUCUAUUUACCACCACAAACUGAUACUUGCACAAAGACCGCACUCAAUGAGCUGUAUAGGGUCAUAAGCAAACAAGAAAAUGCACAUCCAAAGGCGGCGCUUCUCGUGGACGGUGAUUUUAUUGCAAGGAAACUGCAAUACCUCAUUUUUACCAGCGUGUCACCUGUGCAACUAGAGGUGGCAAAACUCUAUAUAACCUUUACUUCACACACAGAAAUGCAUACAAGGCGCUCCCUCGCCCUCCCUUUGGCAAAUCUGACCAUAACUCUAUCCUCCUAAUUCCUGUUUACAAGCAAAAACUCAAACAGGAAGUACCGGUGAUGCUCUAAAUACGGAAGUGGUCCGAUGAAGCGGAUGCUAAGCUACAGGACUGUUUCGUUGGUGCAGACUGGAAUAUGUUUCGGGAUUCAUCCGAUAACAUUGAGUAGUUUACCACAUCAGUCACCGGCUUCAUUAAUAAGUGCAUCGAUGACAUCAUCCCCACAGUGACUGUACGUACAGUGAGGGAAAAAAGUAUUUGAUCCCCUGCUGAUUUUGUACGUUUGCCCACUGACAAAGACAUGAUCAGUCUAUAAUUUUAAUGGUAGGUUUAUUUGAACAGUGAGAGACAGAAUAACAACAAAAAAAUCCAGAAAAAUGCAUGUCAAAAAUGUUAUAAAUUGAUUUGCAUUUUAAUGAGGGAAAUAAGUAUUUGACCCCUCUGCAAAACAUGACUUAGUACUUGGUGGCAAAACCCUUGUUGGCAAUCACAGAGGUCAGACGUUUCUUGUAGUUGGCCACCAGGUUUGCACACAUCUCAGGAGGGAUUUUGUUCCACUCCUCUUUGCAGAUCUUCUCCAAGUCAUUAAGGUUUCGAGGCUGACUUUUGGCAACUCGAACCUUCAGCUCCCUCCACAGAAUUUCUAUGGGAUUAAGGUCUGGAGACUGGGUAGGCCACUCCAGGACCUUAAUGUGCUUCUUCUUGAGCCACUCCUUUGUUGCCUUGGCUGUGUGUUUUGGGUCAUUGUCAUGCUGGAAUACCCAUCCACGACCCAUUUUCAAUGCCCUGGCUGAGGGAAGGAGGUUCUCACCUAAGAUUUGACGGUACAUGGCCCCGUCCAUCGUCCCUUUGAUGCGGUGAAGUUGUCCUGUCCCCUUAGCAGAAAAACACCCCCAUAGCAUAAUGUUUGGCGGUGGGGAUGGUGUUCUUGGGGUCAUAGGCAGCAUUCCUCCUCCUCCAAACACGGCGAGUUGAGUUGAUGCCAAAGAGCUCCAUUUUGGUCUCAUCUGACCACAACACUUUCACCCAGUUCUCCUCUGAAUCAUACAGAUAGAUGUUCAUUGGCAAACUUCAGACGGUCCUGUAUAUGUGCUUUCUUGAGCAGGGGGAUCUUGCGGGCGCUGCAGGAUUUCAGUCCUUCACGGCGUAGUGUGUUACCAAUUGUUUUCUUGGUGACUACGGUCCCAGCUGCCUUGAGAUCAUUGACAAGAUCCUCCCGUGUAGUUCUGGGCUGAUUCCUCACCGUUCUAAUGAUCAUUGCAACUCCACGAGGUGAGAUCUUGCAUGGAGCCCCAGGCCAAGGGAGAUUGACAGUUCUUUUGUGUUUCUUCCAUUUGCGAAUAAUCGCACCAACUGUUGUCACCUUCUCACCAAGCUGCUUGGCGAUAGUCUUGUAGCCCAUUCCAGCCUUGUGUAGGUCUAUAAUCUUGUCCCUGACAUCCUUGGAGAGCUCUUUGGUCUUGGACAUGGUGGAGAGUUUGGAAUCUGAUUGAUUGAUUGCUUCUGUGGACAGGUGUCUUUUAUACAGGUAACAAACUGAGAUUAGGAGCACUCCCUUUAAGAGUGUGCUCCUAAUCUCAGCUCGUUACCUGUAUAAAAGACACCUGGGAGCCAGAAAUCUUUCUGAUUGAGAAGGGGUCAAAUACUUAUUUAUACUUAUUUCCCUCAUUAAAAUGCAAAUCAAUUUAUAACAUUUUUGACAUGCGUUUUUCUGGAUUUUUUUGUUGUUAUUCUGUCUCUCACUGUUCAAAUAAACCUACCAUUAAAAUUAUAGACUGAUCAUGUCUUUGUCAGUGGGCAAACGUACAAAAUCAGCAGGGGAUCAAAUACUUUUUUCCCUCACUGUACAUAUCCCAACCAGAAGCCAUGGAUUACAGGCAACAUCUGCACUGAGCUAAAGGCUAGAGCUGCCGCUUUCAAGGAGAGGGACACUAAUCCGGACGCUUGUAAGAAAUCCCGCUAUGACCUCCGAUGAGCCAUCCAACAGGCAAAGCGUCAAUACAGGACUAAUAUCAAAACCUACUACGCCGGCUCUGAUGCUCGUCGGGUUUGGCAGGGCUUGCAAACUAUCACGGAUUGCAAAGGGAAACCCAGCCACGAGCUGCCCAGUGAUGUGAGUAGGGCUGUUGUGGGGACCCUAUUACGGCCACACCGGCAGUCAUGAGUCAUGACCGCAGUCAAAUUCCAUGUGACUGUUGAGUCACGAUAAUCUCCUUUUAUGCACUCUGGACAUGCGUUGGUAGUACCCAACUCACUAACAAGUGCCUAAUGGCCUGGUACUCAGUGCGCUAUUGUCCCUCAAACCACUCUGACAUCAAUGCAAAUGCAAUCGAAAAUCAGAUCAAACACGUAUCAUGAAAACAGUAUCAUGCUUUUAAAACUAACCAUUAGGCUAAAUUUUUUGACCUCACUGUGAUCAAUUUGAAGGUUCAACAACAGGUUGAAACAUUGGAAAACAUGGUCAUUGUGGAUUUGUUUCAAAGUCAAACAAUGAAAUGGACAGCACUUUCUAAGGUGAUCAUUAAUUCAAAGGAUUUAAGACGUUGCAUGUAGAACACAAUAUGCAUAUUACAGAUUAUGCAUAGGCCCAUAUAUGAGCCCAGCCCCCCCCCCCCAAAAAACAAAACUGAAUUUUACACAUGGCAUAUUACACAUGGCAGAAAAACUGAUUUUAAGAUGUCUUUGGUACAUAAUUGGUCUAGUUUAUACUCCCAAAUUAAACACAUUCUAGAAAUCACCUUUGAGUGUGCGCUGUAUUAUUAUGCAUACUGGAUGGCCUUGUUACCUUAUGCUAUACUGCAAACUUUCUAUCCAGAAGUCUGGGAGAGAACGUAUAGGCCUAGGAGAUGCUGUUGGUUCAUUGAUAGAAUAUGUAUUUGAUUUUGAAUAGCCUAGUAAUAGGGCAUGUUUUUAUAUUUUCAUAAUUAAUAGGCUGACACAUUACCUUUAGCUAUAGACUAUCUCACCACUGUGCGUUUCCAUCUCCUCUCUCUCUCCUUCAUUCCUUUCUCGAGCUCGCAGAUAAUUAAAUAUGUUUUGUUGUGAAAACAUGUUACUAUCAAUGUUCCUGAACAGAUUAGACUUGGUUUCCCAAAUUAAGCACUGGGUAGCUGCAGGAACAUGGUUGGAGAGCCCAUGGCAUAAAGAGUUUGGGAAGAACAGAGCGCAAGCUUUUUUGCUACUUUUUCAAAUAGUAAAUAGCCUAUAGUUGCAUCAUGCAUCCCAUAUAUGUUUUGAUUUCUAAGACAUUCUAAGGCUUAUCGUUCACAACUAAAUUAGCCAAAUAACUCUAAAUCUAGCGGAUAGGACCUGUUUCAAAUGAUCACUUUUAUGCUCGACACAGCCACUUCAUAUGCACACUCGCUCUGGAAUGGGAAAAAUAUCCUUUCUAUUUUUCUUCAGCUAAGUUCAAUUACAUUCUUGUUCUCUUUUUUUUACACACAUACACAUAUACACUACCGUUCAAAAGUUUGGGGUCACUUAGAAAUGUCCUUGUUUUUGAAAGAAAAUCAUUUUUUUUGUCCAUUAAACUAACAUCAAAUUGAUCCGAAAUACAGUGUAGACAUUGUUAAUGUUGUAAAUGGCUAUUGUAGCUGGAAACGGCUGAUUUUUAAUGGAAUAUCUACAUAGGCGUACAGAGGCCUAUUAUCAGCAACCAUCAGUCCUGUGUUCCAAAGGCACGUUGUGUUUGCUAAUCCAAGGUUAUCAUUUUAAAAGGCUAAUUGAUCAUUAGAAAACCCUUUCGCAAUUAUGUUAGCACAGCUGAAAACUGGCCUUCUUGAGACUAGUUGAGUAUCUGGAGCAUCAGCAAUUGUGGGUUCGAUUUCAGGCUCAAAAUGGCCAGAAACAAAUAACUUUCUUCUGAAACUCAUCAGUCUAUUCUUGUUCUGAGAAAUGAAGCAUAUUCCAUGCAAGAAAUUGCCAAGAAACUGAAGAUCUCGUACAACGCUGUGUACUACACCCUUCACAGAACAGCGCAAACUGGCUCUAACCAGAAUAGAAAGAGGAGUGGGAGGCCCCGGUGCACAACUGAGCAAGAGGACAAAUACAUUAGUGUCUAGUUUGAGAAACAGACGCCUCACAGGUCCUCAACUGGCAGCUUCAUUAAAUAGUACCCACAAAACACCAGUCUCAACGUCAACAGUGAAGAGGCGACUCCGGGAUGCUGACCUAGGCAGAGUUGCAAAGAAAAAGUCCAGUGUCUGUGUUCUUUUGCCCAUCGUAAUCUUUUAUUUUUAUUGGCCAGUCUGAGAUAUGGCUUUUUUUUUCUUUUUUUUAAGUACUCAAUUUAUUGAAAAUUGCUGAAGUCAAGGAACUUCAUAUCCAUAUGGGGUUGUAGUUUCUACCACUUCUCCAAAUGUACUGGAAAGGGCUGCACCCUUCAGGCCUUCUAAAACAGGCAGAUGGCUGUGGAGACAGAAAUCCCUGACAAGCAAAGUGUUCCAGACCAUUACACCAUCCAGUCAACUUGUUCUACAAUAGGAUACUUUAUGGAUUCACUGGGGAUCUGGGUUUCAGAGUUUGCCACUAUUGUGAGCGGUCCAAGAACAGCGUUUUGAACCAAGCCCUCGGGUUAUGAAUGCAAUAUGGCUUUUUCUUUGCAACACUGCCUAGAAGGUCAGCAUCCCGGAGUCGCCUCUUCACUGUUGGGACUGAUGUUUUGUGGGUACUAUUUAAUGAAGCUGCCAGUUGAGGACCUGUGAGGCGUCUGUUUCUCAAACUAGACACUCAAAUGUAUUUGUCCUCUUGCUCAGUUGUGCACAGGGCCUCCCACUCCUCUUUCUAUUCUUGUUAGAGCCAGUUUGCGCUGUUCUGUGAAGGGAGUAGUACACAGCGUUGUACGAGAUCUUCAGUUUCUUGGCAAUUUCUCGCAUGGAAUAGCCUUCAUUUCUCAGAACAGGAAUAGACUAUUUCAGAAUAACAUUUUAUUUAUUUAUUAUUAUUAUUUUUGUAGGGGGUAGAUCAGCUUUAAUAUUGCAGAUAGAUUGUAACUUCCAUCAAUGUAAUUGUCUGCAUCACUUCCAAUCCCCCAUAUGUUUUUUUUCUCGCAUAUACAUAUAUAUAUACAUACAUAUAUACACAUACAUUUCCUUUUUAAAAAUAUAUUUCCCUUUAUUACUUUACAACCCCACCACCCCUUCCCUAAUUGGAGCAAACUAGUGAACAACAAUGCUUAGGCCUCUAAUUCCAGCUUAUACAUACUAUAUACAUUUUAUGGACACAGUCAAUUUUACAAUAAUUAUAUUUUGUUCUUUUUUACUCCUGAACUUCCUCUACCCUCAACCUCUCCGAUCAUUUUCAUGAUGUCCAUCCGGUUUGCUUCUAUAUGCCAUAUCUUUCUAACUGUGCUCUUUCACAAAAGUUCUCAAUCUAUUACCUAUAUACUUAUUAUGGACACAGUAUGCUUACAUUAUUAGUUAACUUGUUGUUAUUAGUUGUUGUUAGUUGUUAUUAGUCCCAUCCUUCAACUCCAUUCAACACCACCCAUCUAUCUCUUAACACCAUCCAUAUUGGAUUUCUAUUUGCCAUAUAUUUUUCAACAAAAGUUCUAAACCCUUCUAUUAUCAUUGACUAUGACUUUUCAGAUCACCCAGUAGUGCUAUCUGCAGGGUUAGCGCCAGGUAAAUAUUGCAAUCCUUCAGCCAUUCCUGGACCUGUGACCAAAAACAAGCCACAAAUGGACAGUACCAAAACAAAUGAUCUAAUGAUUCUGUCUCUUCGCAGCAAAAUCUGCAGAGCUGGGAAGAUUGUAUCCCCCAUAUAAAUAACAUUAUAUUGGUAGCAAGAAUUUUGUAUAAUAAUUUAAAUUGAAAGAUUCUAAGUUUUGAAUCCGGCGUCGUUUUGCGUAUCAGUUCACAAUGCCAUGGAAUCGGUACGUCAAAAAUCUCUUCCCAACUAUUUUGCAAUCUAUACGGGUCAGCUGUAAAUCUUUUGGUUCUUAAAUGAAACUUGUAUACUUUUUAUUUAUCACAAUUUUCUUUAACCAAUUAUGUUCUUUAAAGCAGGGCCAACAGACAAGUUCCUUACUUUUUCCCCCUUCCACUUUCCUCUUCCAUUUUUGCAGUAAUGCUGCAAUUAUUUGGUUGUAAGUUUGGGUAGAGCAGACAUUUCCAUAUGUUUUUGUUAGCUGCAUGUGCGAUAUAACUCCACCAGUCCUACCUAUGAUAUCAUUUACGAAGAUUAUACCUUUUUUAAAACAUUUUUUCAAAAAAUACUGGCUUUUUAUCAAUUACAUUUUUUUGUCAUUUAGAAGACGCUCUUAUCCAGAGCGACUUACAGUUAGUGAGUACAUAAAACAUUUUUUUUUUCAUACUGGCACCCUGUGGGAAGCUCAGUGUUCAACACCAUAGUGCCCUCCAAGCUCAUCACUAAGCUCAGGACCCUGGGACUGAGCAUCUCCUCCUGCAACUGGAUCCUGGACUUCCUGACGGGCCUUCCCCAGGUGGUGAGUGUAGGCAUCAAUACAUCUGCCAUGCUAACCCUCAACACAAGGACCCCUAAGGGGUGCGUGCUUAGUCCCCUCCUGUACUCCCUGUUCACCCACGACUGCAUGGCCGUGCACAACUUCAACACCAUCAUUAAGUUUGCUGACGACACAACAGUGGUAGGCCUGAUCACCAAUGUCGAUGAGACAACCUAUAGGGAGGAGGUCAGUGACCUGGAAGUGUGGUGCCAGGACAACAACCUCAACAUCAGCAAAGCAAAGGAGCUGAUCGUGGACUACAGGAAACGAAGGGCAGAGCACGCCCCCAUCCACAUCGAUGGGGCAGUAGUGGAGCAGGUCGAGAGCUUCAAGUUCCUCGGUGUCCACAUCACUAAGGAAUUAACAUGAUCCACACACACCAACACAGUCGUUAAGAAUGCACGACAACGCCUCUUCCCCCUCAGGAGGCUGAGAAGAUUUGGCAUGGGCCCUCAGAUCCUCAAAGUUCUACAGCUGCACUAUUGAGAGCAUCUUGACUGGCUGCAUCACCGCUUGGUAUGGCAACUGCUUGGCAUCCGACCACAAGGUGCUACAGAGGGUAGUGUGUACCUCCCAGUACAUCACUGGGGCCGAGCUCCGUUCCAUCCAGGACCUCUAUACCAGGCAGUGUCAAAGGAAGGCCCUAAAAAAAAUUCAAAGACUCCAGCCUCCCAAGUCAUAAACUGUUCUCUCUGCUACCGCACGGCAAGAAGUACCGAUGCACCAAGUCUGGUACCAACAGGACUUAUCAAUACUUAUUGUGUAUUUAUUCCUUGUUAUUAUUUUUCUAUUGUUCUAUUUUUCUCUCAGCAUUGUUGGGAAGGGCCCGUAAGUGAAAAUUUCACUGGUUUGUUUACAAAGCGUGUGCUCCUGUAAGUCGCUCUGGAUUACAGGCUGUAUCACAACCGGCCGUAAUUGGGAGUCCCAUAGGGCGGCGCACAAUUGGCCCAGCGUCGUCCGGGUUUGGCCGGUGUAGGCCGUCAUUGUAAAUAAGAAUUUGUUCUUAACUGACUUGUCUAGUUAAAUAAAGGUUAAGUAAAAUAAAAAUAAAAGCGUCUGCUAAAUGACUAAAAUGUAAAUGUAUUUAAAGGUAUAACAUCGAUUCAUAUCUGAUGUGGAUUAUAAACAACAGCAUAUUUGGUGUCUAGUGUGUGAGCCUACUAUCCUCCUUAUAUGGUGUCUAGUGUGUGUGCCUACUAUCCUCCUUAUAUGGUGUCUAGUGUGUGAGCCUACUAUCCUCCUUAUAUGGUGUCUAGUGUGUGUGCCUACUAUCCUCCUUAUAUGGUGUCUAGUGUGUGUGCCUACUAUCCUCCUUAUAUGGUGUCUAGUGUGUGUGCCUACUAUCCUCCUUAUAUGGUGUCUAGUGUGUGUGCCUACUAUCCUCCUUAUAUGGUGUCUAGUGUGUGUGCCUACUAUCCUCCUUAUAUGGUGUCUAGUGUGUGAGCCUACUAUCCUCCUUAUAUGGUGUCUAGUGUGUGUGCCUACUAUCCUCCUUAUAUGGUGUCUAGUGUGUGAGCCUACUAUCCUCCUUAUAUGGUGUCUAGUGUGUGUGCCUACUAUCCUCCUUAUAUGGUGUGGAAGUGGUUCAUCAGGUUACAACAUGUUCAUCACACAAGUUACUUCAGAAAUGGACUGUUAUCUUCUUAGAAUGGCAUUCUUUUCCCCUGUCUCUCCCUGCCUUACCUCAUCUGCUUUGUCCUCUCUCUCUGUGUCGCUGUGUUUGUGUGUCUGUCUGUCUCUGUGUAUGUCCAUUCCUCUUAGUCCCCUAUCUUUUGUCCUUUCCCCUUCAUCUGAACUAUCCCCAUCUUGUCCCUUUUAAUAAUGUACAUUUCACAGUCCCACCAUGUCUAAUUAGUUAGGGUCAGAACAGAAUAGUGAAGAGUUGUACUUCUGUCUUCCUGUAGGGACGGAGUGGAGGUGCUGCUGACAGACUGUUCUGUUCCAUCUGAGGAGUUUGCCUAUGGACGUUCCAAGAUCUUCAUCAGGAACCCCAGAACGGUAGAAUGACAUUGCAUAAGCACGCCCAGUUGACCUGGAACCUGUCACUAUCGCUGAUAGUAUUAACAGUACUACUUUAUGUUUUUUUUACGUUAGAUUUAGAAAGAGGGUUUACUGCCAAGGAUGUGAAAUAACUUUGAAAAGAGCAGCAUGCUCUGUAACUGGCAUUUUUCCAGUUUUAUAAGUACGGAAGUCGUAAAUUUAGCCAUAGAUCAUAGAUGUGAGGAGACUUGGAUGUAUUCAUAUACAGUAUGGCUAAUGCCAUAAUCCAGUGGGCUCAUGCUGUUAUGUUUGACUGCAUUAAAAGGCUUCUGAAAGCAGGAAGUCGUGCUCUGCUGAGCCCCUCUCUACUAAUUACAACACUUAACCAACAUUCUGGAACAUUCUGAAAACACAUGGUUUCAUUUAUCAAUUCUAGGGCUGACCCCAUUUAGUCGACUAGUCGAUUGUUUGGUCGAUAGGCUAUUGGUGGAACAAAAAAUUAUGGCACAUGAGACACCUGUCUGAUUCAUGCCUGUCUGAGUGGACUAAUCCAUUGCGGAGGCCGUGGCGAUGGCACACCAAUAUCACCAGUAGUACAUUUACCGUUAAUUAACAUAAUUUCUCAUCUACAAUGUUUGUUUGGUUACGGUAAUUUCUGUUAAUGCAUUCAAUAUAUUAUUGUUACAGUCUUACUGUUGUCAUUGUAGGAGUGGACACGUUGUUUGCAAGAGCGCACAACCUAGGCUACACUUGUGAGGAAAAACGUUUUGGUCUGUGAAUUUUGUUUGGAGCGCUCCUGUCAAUCUUGAGUAAAGACACGCACCUGAUUACGCAUAGAAGUAGGCCUAGGCUACCUGGCCUGCAUGCAAAUGUAGGUCUAUAAAUGUGCCCAUUUACCAUCACUGUGGAGCUUCUCAAAGUAUUUUUUGUCUUUGCCUCAAACAGCAAGUAAAAUAAGUCUGUUUUUACAUCCAUUGAUAAUGACAAUAGUUUCUCAACGUAGCCUAUUUGAAAAAUCUUUCCAACUCUCUCCCUUUCGAUAACCACUCAACAUGAAAAGUAACAUGCUUGGAUCCGGUGGAAACGUCAUAAAAUAGGCCUACCUGAUUACUUCUUAUCCCUUGCACAAAUAGCCUACCACUAUGUCUGUCUUUCCGGAGCUCACUGACAUUCUGAGGUCCCAGAAUAUUUUAUACAGUGUUGCAAGUUUGCUAGCAAGAGCUUCGGGUGGACCAAGUUGAUACAAUGUUUCAAGUUCCUUGCAGACAGGCCAUGCGUAGCCAAUGUUAUUUAUAGGAUAUUUAUUUUUAUCCGGAUAUUUUCUACCUGCGGGCUGCACUGUUUUUAUUUGUUGGCUUAACGUAGGCAAUUGUUACAUAUUAGCAAUGGCAAUAAAAGUUACUUUUAGAUUUGUAUCAAUUUCAUUUAUAUAGAAUUUUGAUUUUGAGAUAUGAAGACUACAUUAUAAAUGAAACUGUUCCACAAAAAUGUGCAUAUGAAAAUCAUAACUGGCACGCAGAUCAGUAAAAAUGGUACGAUAACUUGGCAAUCCAAAUGGAAAAGGUUGCCGACCGCUGGUGUAGCCUAUUACUGGCAACUUCAGGAACCAGCAGCCGCGGGAGGAGGAGGAGGAGGAGGAGGAGGAGGAGGAGGGGGGUCGGGUCGGGUCGGGAACAGGUUUUUUUCUUCUGGUUAAGCUAUAUUGAUCUCUAGCUCCCUCUAGUAAUUUGUGUCUUAAUUUGUAUUUGCAGUGCUUAAAGAAUCGGACAAGCUCAGUAGCCUACAUAUAGUUGAUUUUAUUCAAACAGGGUGAGUCUAUAUAUGGAAAAAUAAACGUUUUAAAAUUUGACCAAACAAUUGGUCGAAAGGACGGAUGAAUCUCGGUCGACCAAUAUUUUUUUUAGUUGGUGACAGCCCUAAUCAAUUCUAUCCAUUAUACGGCGACGCAGUCAGGACCAUGGGAAAAAAUGAACAUUUAGGCCUAUUUUCCAUGGUAGCAUGGGCUUUUAAGAACAUGCAGUGGUGGGUGGAACAAUGGACUCUUGUCAGUCCAGGAGCCAGUCUAAACAAAGCUAUUAAAGCAUGAUCUCAUAUGGGUGUGCCUUUAUCCUUGAUCUACUGUACCUUCUUACCAGGUUAGCUAAGUAUCUCCAUCUCUGUUGUACAGUGAAGCUACAGUUCAAUCAGGGUGGUGGUAGGGUGGGGACUAGUCUAGGUCACUAAACUCUCAUCCCCUAGGUCUCUGUCUGCAACGGUCUUUGUGGUGGAGAAUGUGUUUGGGCAGCUAUAGAAGCUCUUAUCAUUCUAAAGAUUUUGUGCUGUCUGCAAAACCACACAAUAUUGUCCCAAAAUGACAUCCUGUCUCAAUUAAAUUAAAUUAAUUAAAAUGUCCUCUCAUUCCUAAAUUGUACAGACUAUGCUGAUGUUCUUAGUAUCCUAGUACAUCUUCAUGUUCCUAUCAUCCUCUUGAUGCCCUCUUCCUGUGUCCCCAGCUGUUCACUCUGGAGGAGAGGAGGAGGGCAUGUCUGGAGGACCUGGCAACCCUGAUCCAGAAGAUCUACCGGGGGUGGAAGUCUCGUACUCACUUCCUGCUGCUGAAGAAGAGCCAGGUGGUGGUGGCAGCCUGGUACCGCAGAUAUGCGGUGAGUUAGCUUGUCUCAACUAUGCACACACACGCACAUACAGAACUUCAUACCGGUUGAAAUGUUUAAGAUAUGAGUGCAUCCGUCUGUGGGAGCCCAAUCUGAUCCAAAUGUAGCAUGCAUCGGUCAGAAAAUCAAUUCAAAUGUAACAAUACCUCAUCUUUUGUUACAACUGCGUCCUCUCUUUCAUGUAAGCAUGUUGACAGUCAUUGGUCUACAAGUUAUUUUGCAUGCUGAACAACCCUUGGUAAUAUCAGUAGCUUAGUCAAACUGCGCGCUGUGCACAGCUUCACUCUCUGACCAAUGAGAGGUAGGCCUAUUCUUGAUCUGGUACAUCUGCAUGUCACCUUCAGCAUUCAAAUGUUUGUAAAAUGGCUUUUGCAAUAUUAGGCUUUAUUAGUUGAGUGACAACCAAUGUAAUUUUCUAGGUUAUUUUGAUCAAAUGCGCUGUUGAAAAUAAAGGUAGCAUAAGCUAUCGCCGGAGACACAACUCUCAUCUGGCUAUAGGUAGGCUACAUGCUGAUCGGGGCUUAGGCUACAUUAGAUUUUAUUUUGAUUGUUCAGGUUGACUAUCAGCAGUAGUUUUGGUAGUUUUGCUUGAAACAAACAGUGUAUAUGGUCAUUUUUAGAUAUAGUUGAUCAUUUCUCAUAAUAAGGACAUUUUAAAUUUUAGUCAUUUAGCAGACGCUCUUAUCCAGAGCGACUUACAGUUUAGUGAGUGCAUACAUUUUCAUACUGGACAAAAAUUACUUUUGCUACCCGCACUGCAUGAUCGAAGCAGGAGAAGAAGAGAAGCUCACUCCAACACUUAGUUUUCAAAACGGUCGAAACCAUUUGAUUAUGAGACAGGGGUGAAAUCCAAAGUUGUGCUAUAUAUUCAUUGGCUAUGUCAAUGGCUAUAACUGAUAGUGGGGUGGUAGAGGCCCAGUUUCCCUUAUGGCUCAGGUGUCUAUAUACAUCAUAGACAUAUACAUAUUUUACACACAGACAGACAGACACAGACAGACACACAGACAGACACACAGACAGACACACAGACAGACACACAGACAGACACACAGACAGACACACAGACAGACACACAGACAGACACAGACAGACAGACAGUGUCUGUCUGUGUCUCUGUCUGUCUGUCUGUCUGUAAAAUAUGUAUAUGUCUAUGAUGAGAUUUUAAUUUAAAAUGGAAAUUAAUUAAUCCGAAUCGCACCGAAUUGUUUAAAACUAAAACCUUUCUUUCCUGUAUCAUAUCGGAGCCCGUGUAUCUAGAUGCGUAUCGAAUCGUCUUGAAAGGAAAAUGUGCACAUGCCUAAUAUGGUAGCUAUCGAGCUUAGAUGUCUGUGUUUCGAACGUACUUAUUGUCAAUUGAGCUCAGGGUUUUUUGCCUUCUCCUGUUGCAGCAACAAAAUAAAUAUCAGAAGAUCAAGAGUGCUACACUAGUGAUGCAGUCCUUCAUCAGAGGGUGGAAGGUAUGUCCAUGUCCACAUACCAGUCAAACACUAUAAGAAAGCAUGUUUUUCUGUGAUAACGCUGUUGUAAAGGCAUGUUUAAAAACAAUAGUUUUUCUUCAGGCCCGCAACAUCUUGCGGCAGCUGAAAUACGAGAUGAGAUGCAAGGAGGCUGUGACUACCAUUGCAGCGUACUGGCACGGGAAUCAGGUACUCGCUCAAACACUACCUGAUGUCAACAUAAUGAUUAGACAAUGUAAAGACAUGUAUAGAAUGAAGAUAUUGGGAGCUCUUGAUUAUGGACAUCCACUGCCUUUUGCUUUUACAAGGUUUGUCUGCCAUAAAGCCAGGUAAGGAAAUACUAUAUUAUAAGACAUGGCUCUGCUCAGGUCUCCCAGCUAUACUAAAAGCUAAACUAGAGCAAUUUCAAAGCUUUUUCCUCUUUAGUCUUCUUCUACUGUCGCUGAUCUUACCACCGCUGCUUUUCUCACACUCUUUUUCACUAUCUUCCCCCCUCUCUCUAAUUCUUCCCUCCUAACCUCACUCUCCUCCCUCCAUCCUUCCACCCUCCCGGCCACCCCCAGGCUCGGAUGGAGCUGCGGCGCUUAAAGACGGAGGCGCGGAAUAAGCGUGCUGUGUCUGUCAUAUGGGCAUACUGGCAGGGGACCAAGGUAUUUAAGCCGGUUGCCAUUGUCGUGUUUUGCCAUCCCAGCUGUCCGUCAUCCCCCAUGUCCCACCCCUCCCCUUGAAACUGACCAAUUGAAUGGCUCCUCCUCGUCCCGCCGUUGUCACUUUGGUCCACUAACGUCCCUUACCAGUGUCUGGUGUUUGUAACUCAUCUGUUUUAUUGACCCUUUAAUAGGUGUCAUUUGGGGGAUACUGGGCGGCUAACCUUAUACCACUAACAUCUAUUUACCCUUCAACUUAAAAACCUCUGUUUGCUAGUCCUCUGUUACUGCUAUGGUGCCUUCCUUACAUUCUCCCUUUAGGAACAACAGCAAGUCCCACAACACAAUACUCCUUUCCAUUCCCUUGUCUAUGUCUGUUGUUUUCUUGAUGUUUGUCAUUGCAUUCCUCUGUAAUCUGUUUUAAUGAGAAACAUGACGGAUAGUACAUGAUAAUGUACGUACAGUAUCCAAUCAGAAUGAAUAUCAUGUUUUCACUUUGAUGUAAUAAUUCUGAGGACUGUGCUGAGAAUAGACUGUAUUCCAUGUGCCACUACAGAAACACACAGAGCAGGGUUAGAAAUUCAAAUUCCAAUUAUCUUCAAUGCUUUUCAAUGAGGAAAAUUUGGAAUUGGAAUUUGGUUUACUUACUGAAUUGACUGGAAUUUAAAUGGAAUUGGCCACAACCCUGAUAGAGAUCCACUGAUCAUAUAGCCUAAUGGUCAUAGUACAUACCACCAUUAGCACUUUAUUGACUUUUAAAGUGCUAUAUGUUUUAGAGGCCACAUAUAAUCCUUUAAAACAGGCCAUGCACAACAUGUCAUGUUUUAUGGGCAUUUAACAACAACAAGGUUGCAGAUCAACCCUUUCCUGCUAUCCAUUGAAAAAUAACCUUUAAAACUAUUUUGUAACUCUGCAUGAUCUUAUCUAAAGGCAUUACAGCCACACUCACCAGAUAAUCAUCAAAGGCCUUGUAUUGCCACAUGUUGCAUGACCAAAGCAGUCGCGUGUGGCUUAAUUUAUCGACUAAUUGGCCCAUCUGAUUGGUGGAUCUAGUCUAGUUUCUUAGUCUGGGCAAGGCCCACUGUACUGGCACUGAAUCAGGCUAUCAGAGUGGCGUCAGUGAGUUAUGUGAGACCAUGCCAAGUUCUAAUGGGGUAUCAAAUGGCCAUAUGCAGUAGUCACAAAGUUUAAUGAAUAUAAUCGAUCAGAUACUAUACUGUAUACAAUUAACUUCUGUCUACAUCAGGAAAACCUGGACUUUUGUACUAAUGUUGCUAGUUCAUCAAAUCAAGCUUUAUUUAUACAGCACAUUUCAGACAUGGAAUGCAAUGCAAUGUGCGUCACAGGAAAAAACUAAUAAAAACUGAAAUAUUUACUACACAACAAACAUAACAGGAUAAAAAACAAAAGAAUAACAACAACUGAAUGACUGAAAAGCAACCUAAGGAAAAGCAAAGCUAAAAAGGUGUGUUUUAAGAUCUCUUUUUAAUAUUUCCACAGUUUCGUCUCCCCUCAGGUUCUCUGGCAGGCUGUUGCAGAGGCUAGGGGCAUAAUAACUAAAGGCUGCCUCCAUGCCUUUUGGUCUUAGGCUUUAGGAUAGUUAAAAGGCCAGUGCCAGAAGACCUGAGGGACCUACUGGGUACAUAAUUUAAAAGCAUGUCUGACAUGUAUUGGGGUGUACAAUCGUGGAUUGAUUUAAAAAACAAUAGAAGAAUCUUUAAAUUAAUUCAAAAACUCACAGGCAGCCAGUGCAAAGACCUUAAAACCGGUGUAAUGUGUGUUCUCCGUCUGGUCUUGGUCAGUACCCGUGCUGCAGCAUUCUGUAUGUUUUGCAGUUGACCAAUGGCUUUCUUGGAGAGCAUCACAGCAGUCAAGCCUGCUUGUAAUAAAAGCAUGGAUGAGUCUCUCUGUAUCAGCCUGAGAGAGAAACGGCUGCACCUUGGCAAUGUUCCUCAGGUGGUGACAUUAGGUCACAUUCCUAAUGUGUGAUUCAAAAUUGAGUUCAGAAUCUAAAGUAACACCUAGGUUUUUUACCUGGUGUUUUAUCUUUAUUGACCGUGAAUUAAACAUAUAUAAACAUAUAUAAACUGAACAGUACCAGACCCAAAAUUGAACCUUGUGGAAUGCCACGUGAUAUGUAUUUUCUCUGAGUUAUGUUCACCAAGGGUGACAAACUCUUGACUGGUUAAAUAGGUCCGAAACCAAUUUAGAACUGGACCGGAGAGGCCAACCCACCUCUCCAGUCUGUCCUAAAGAACAUAAUUUUCAACAGUGUCAAAUGCAGCACUUAAAUCCAAGAAUACAAGGACAGAGAGCUGUUUGGCGUCUGUGUUGUUUCUAAGAUAAUUUACCACUUUAACUAAGGCAGUCUCUGUGUUGUUGUGGGCACAAAAAACUGAUUGACAUUUAUUUUAAAUGCAGUUGGCAUUUUAAAAAAAUCAUUUGGCUGUUUGAAAACCAAUUUCUCCAGAAUUUUGCUUAAGAAUGGAAGGUUGGAGAUUGGCCAAAAAUUGCUAAGAGCUGAAGAAUCUAGAAUAUUUUUCUUCAGAAGGGGUUUCACCAUAGCAGUUUUUAGUGCAGUGGGGAAAGUGCCUAUGAACAGGGAGUGAUUAACAAUAGCUUGCACUUCUUCAGAUAUGCAAUUAAAUGUGGUUUUGAAGAAGAAGGUGGUGGGGAUAGGAUCGAGAAGGCAGGUAGAAGGCUUAAGUUGUGAUAUCACUUUCCUGAGCAUGUCUGUGUCAACCAGGGAAAAUAAAUCCAUAGUGCCUUUGCGUGGUAGGCUAGGGAACAUAUCAUCAAACUUCUCAUCAGGUCUUGCUUGAUUGAUACCCAGCCUAAUGUUCGUUAUCUUAUCUCUGAAAUAUGCUGCAAACUCAUCACAUUUAGAUGUGGAGGAAAGUUCACAUAGGUUUGCGGGGGUAGGAUUUAUCAGGCUAUCAAUGAUCGGGAAGACCCCUGUCGAAUUAUUCUGUUUAUUAGUGAUCACUGUCAUUAGCUCCAACGGGUAGCUAAUGUUUUCCUCCAUUGUCUUAAUCUUUUAAUCUUUCUGCUACUUCAUUGCCGGGUAGGCUACAUAUUUCUGUCUGUCUGCUUCUUAUUUCUACCAACACCAAUCCCAAUGGGUAUAUUCCUCCCAAAACACAAUAAACCCAACCCCACCACUUCCCCAGGCUCGGCGAGAACUGCGGCAUCUAAAGAAGGAGGCGCAAGAAAAGCACGCUGUGUCUGUCAUUUGGGCCGGCUGGCAGGGGACCAAGGUAUUUGGGAAGCAGCCUGUUAACUAUAUCCAUCCAUAUCCCGCUGCCCGCCCGCCUGCCAUUUUCCCAUUUCUCCAUCAGAUCCAACCAGACAGAUGCCAGACCCCUGCAUUAGCUAAACAAUGGUCUGGAGAGACUACGAAUGUCUCUCUAGCUAUCCUUCCCAUUACCACCACCCAUCCCAUCUAUAUUGCAUGACAAGGUGCCAUACGAACCCCUCAUCCAAUGUCACAUUGCAUGCUAAAACAGAAUCGGGAGGAGGGGGUCUCAUUUAGCCUACUGGACUGGCGCAAGACCCCUAAACACCCAUGCUGGCUCUUUCAGCCUAGCUAGCUGCUAUUUAGUCUUUAGUGGUUUAAUGGAAGAUAUCUAGAGAUGGAUGGCUGGAGUUUUGGUUAACCUUGGCUCUGGUAGAUAAUAGACAGGCCUGGGCACUAGGGGAAAGGGUGGGGGAGGGUUGGGGUAAGGGUGAAUAUACAGUCACUUAAGCCUCUUUGCUGCGCAGCCUGAUGGAUUAUAGCUGAUCCAGACUGACACCGGGAGAGGAAGGCGGGUGAGGAAGGCGGGGGAUGGCAGGGGGGGAUGUUGCCACGCACUUGACUGGCAUCACACACACAGUGUCUGGAACCUUGGAUGAACCCUGCCCUACCCCAAACCAUCAACACACUCACACUCCGCUAUCCUGGCAUCGCUUUCUCCUCCCUUGUUACCAAAGGUCAGGAUGUUUGGGUGUGUUGUGUUUCUUAUCCUCCCUGAGGCCCAUGCCUCACCUUUUACAACCUCUAUCUGCAGGAUGUCUGCUCUCUCUCUCUCUCUCUCUGCAUGCUGUUCUCAUCAUAAGUUGCAUGCUACGCCUCUUUGCUUGCUGAUUCCUUGAGGCUUGCAGUGAUUUUUAUUUCAGUGUGCAAUGUAUGGAACCUUGGAGAGACCUCCGGACUGACUUGUGUUACCUUUAACGUUGUACUUGGCUCCUGGCCAACAGAGACAUGUCUGUUUCAAUCUAAAAGGCUCUAGUCAAUGUCGAUGUACAGUACAUAAUCAAACUACACUAUUAUUAUAAUGUCUAUUUCAUGAUAAUUGCAUUCUUCCCAUAGUGGGUUAAAUCGUCUUCAGGAUCUUGGUAACUAGACAGGGCUCUUGUGUGACGGGUGUCCUUACACAGGCCAGUAUCUCUUCCUCCAUAUCAGUCUCUUAUUAUUCCCUCCUUUCAAUCUUUCCUUCCUUCCCUCUCUUUCCUCCCUUCUUCCCAAAAGGCACGCAGGGAGCUGAGGAGCCUGAAGGAGGAGGCCAGGCGUAAGCACGCCGUCGCCGUCAUUUGGGCCUACUGGCUGGGACUCCAGGUAUAUCUGCCCAGCCUACCCUACCCUCCAGCCACCCUUCUAACCUAACCAGCCACUCCUUUCUACCCUAACCAGCCACCCCUUACACUGCCAAGACACUCCCUCUUACCCUCUCAGCCACUCCCCUGUCUUUGGUGUUGGAGGGGUAGGCAUACUUCACAUAACCAGCAUGCAGCCAGCCUCAGCCUGUCAAAAACUUGGGAGCCCCCUGGACCAACGACACAGUGAUGACACAGUUCAUGCAUGCGAGCUCCAGAGUGACUGAUUUGAUAUCUGGGCAGUCCAGUACCAAAAGAUAUGCCCUCCUACCUUCCUUCCCCUCCUGUAUCCCUGCAGUGACACACAUUACGUUCCACGUCCAGUGGUUAGAGGAUUAAGGCGUACCGUGAGGUGUAAUGUAUGUCUCUCCCACUCUUUCCAUGAGUCCAGCAGGGCUUUAGAUAAGCUGGCUAUGGCUGGUUAUAAUUGAUUCACAGAUGCUCUUUAUAUUUUUUUAUUUUAUGUUUCUGCUCGUUCCUGAAUACUGCAGCCUCUUAACAGAGAGGUCAAAGACACUACUGACCCUGACUGACAUGGAUGUCUGUCUGUCUCUGUGUCAGUCUGUCUCUCUGUGCAUGAUAAGCUGUCUAACCCUCUACAUUUCUUGUUGUCUGAUGCUAUAUCUACUCCAUUCUUCAGUCAUUUUCACAUGUAUUAUUGUAGUCUGAGUGGCCCCAAUCCUCUCAUCACAUUAAUUGACUGCACAAUGUGCACGUCACCUUUGCGCAUCAGAGCAGCUCUCAGAACCUGUUUACGAUUCAUUGACUCCAUUCAGUGUGAUUUAAAUUGACCACCUCAUCAAUUAACUAUGUAACAUCUCAUUUUCAGCAAAACCAUUUAGGAGAAAAUUCCAUUCUGAAUGAAGUUGAGUUGAGUGCUCAACAGAUGUACCUAGAAGCUUUUCCCUCCCAUUGUUUGUAUGAUAUUGCUUGGGUUCAUUGUAACUAACCACAUCUGCCUGUUCUAGUUAUCACCACUGUAAUCUCUUCUCUAUUGGCCCCAUGCCUCAAAUCAGAUGACUAUGGUGAUGGAUGAUUGACGGCCAGUUGUCUCCUUGCUUACAGGUCCGCCGGGAGUACAGGAAGUUCUUUAGGGCCAACGCUGGAAAGAAAAUCUACGACUUCACCAUCCAGAGAAUCGUAAGUAGAAGCAUGAAUGUAGCCUGGUCCCAGAUCUAUUAGUGCGGUCUUGCCAAGUUGGCAAGUCCACACAAUCAGAUCUAGGACAAGUCUAGAAUGAAUGAGUCGUCUAUCCCUUUAACAUUUAACAUUUUAGUCAUUUAGCAGACGCUCUUAUCCAGAGCGACUUACAGUUAGUGAGUGCAUACAUUUUUGAAUACUUUAAGCACUGAUUAAUAGUGUCCAUCUGAAUCACUAAGGGACGGUUUCCCGGACACAGAUUAAGCCUAGACCUGGAGUAAAAAUCACAUUAAAUGGAGAAUCUCCAUUGAACAUGCUUCCCGGAUUAGGCUUGAACUUUGUCCGGGAAACCAGCGUUAUAUGUUCCUGAAGGUCAACAGUAAUCCAAGUCUGAAAGGGAUGUAUUGAAUAUAUGCCUGUCUCCCUCCCUCCCUCCAGAUGCAGAAGUACUUCCUUGGUCUGAAGACCACCACUAUGUCCCCCAUGGACAACACCUGGCCGGCCCGGCCUUAUGGCUUCCUGGAGGGAGCUCACACUGAACUCAGGAGGAUCUUCCACCUCUGGAGGGUCAGUUAGUUAUUAUCUUUGGCUGUUCUUUCAAGGGGUCAUCACUGAUCUUACAGGUUAAAGGGUCAAGUUGUUGUAUAUGCCACUACCCAGCGGGCAAAUCUGGUUGCUAGGAUGUCAUUAUUACCAGAUUACAACCUCAUUGUAAACUGGUUGUACUGAUGUACAACCGGCUUUGCCCGCUGUCUUUAUAGCUUACAGUAUGAGGGACAUUAAUACAACAAAUUUCCCAUGGAUUGAUGAAGGAUCUUUUGAAUUAUCAGUGCAAGAAAUACCGGGGCCAGUUCACCGAGGAGAAGAAGGCUGUGUAUGAGGAGAAACUGGAGGCCAGUGAGAUCUUCAAGGACAAGAAGGCUCUGUACCCCAGCAGGUAUAUCAUAUUUUCCUCUUUGAUUCACACAUGACAUAAUGUUUGACGUGAAGAUAAUGUUGCAAGCUAAUUUUACUAGCAGCCAUUUUAGCUCCUUUUUCCUGAGUAUAAUCAAUGCAUUGCAGUGAUUUCCUCUCUGUUGUGUCCUUGGGUCCAUGAAAGCGCUAUAUAAAAUGCAUUAUUAUUGUUUCAGUGUGAGCCAGCCUUUCAAAGGAGACUAUCUGGAGAUCCAGAAGAACCCCAAGUACCAGAAGCUGAAAAGUGCUGUGGAGGAGAAGGUGCUACUGGCUGACUUGGUGAACAAGAUCAACAGGGCCAACGGCAAGGCAAGUACCUUUCUCAAAGUACCUUACCUCAGCAAAAUCAGCCGUCUCUCUGUCACAUUUACGACUGUUAAUUUAACUGUACUGAAGCCUGAGGGAGUCAACAGUCUGACAGGCCUGAGCACAGUUCAUAUGGCUCAAACUCUUCAGAGUCAUAGCUUUAUUAUUAGAGGAUGUCUGUAACUAUGCUGUACAGUAGUCAAAGGAAAAUAUUUAUAUUUCACAGAUUCAGCCUACCUAUGCUUUUAUACCACUAUCACUGUAUAAAUGCUCAGUUUUUGCUAUGAAUGAGUUUAUGCGUGUAUAGGUUAUUACUUUAAAAUUACAAUUUUGCCAUGUACUUUCUAAUUAAAUAACUGGUGAUUUCUGUACCGUAAAAUAAUGUUACCAAAUUCUUGGCGUAUUAAACCUAGUCUGUCCUUGUUACAGGGGUCGCCGAGGCUUUUCCUUCUGACCAAAAGCAACUUUGUCCUGGCUGACCAAAAGACAGGCCAGGUGAAGGCCAGCGUGCCCCUGCCAGACCUCACCAGCGUGUCGGUCAGCACCCAGAGUGACGGCUUCUUCGCCCUCAAGCUCAAAGAGGUGAUGGAGGGAGGGAGCCUCACUCCAGCUCCACUGUGAUUAAACUUACAUAUGGACAUCAUCCAUCUAGCGAACACGCAGCGGCCAAAGCUGGUUGAAAUGAACCUGCUUUGCUUGCUGCAUAAAUCCACUGGUUGCAAACUGGUUCUAAUGAUGUAAUUUCAACCAGUUUAGCCCGCUGUGUAUCUAGUUAUAGUAGUAAUGUCCUGAUCAAUAUCUUUUUGUGUAACGUUAAGGGCUAAUCAUGGAAAGAUUGGGUAGGCAUAUUGAUAUUGAAAUUACUAACACCCCUCUCUGUGUUUUUUUUACCCAUAGGGCUCUGCUUCGGCUUCCAAAGGUGACUUCCUGCUGAGCAGUGAGCAUCUUAUAGAGAUCAUCACCAAACUCCACCGCAUAGGGACCACUGCUGCAGACAGGCACCAGAUCAACAUCGACAUCUCAGACGAGUAAGAACAGGAGACACGUCGCCAUGUUGACUUUACAUUGCAACGCAAUGCUGUUGUCGUUUCCCUUAGUCAAAUCCUAGCCUGGUCCCGCUAUGGUCAUUGUUAUGUUUACACAAACAGAUCUGGGAUCAAGCUAAUUCAAUCCCAGGAUGUGAUGUCAGAUGGUUUCUUAUCCUACUUCCUCUGUCUCCCUGGCAGGUUCCUGGUGCAGUUCAAGCAGGACAAGGUGUGUGUCAAGUUCAUCCAGGGGGGACCGAAGAACGGAAACAGUGCUGCCUGCAAACGCAAGAACAACCGCCUACUGGAGGUGUCUGUGCCAUCUUCACCAUAGAGACGACAUAGCCUCCUAUAAUACUGGGUUGUCAUGACAGUUCACAAUCAGGCCUAAACUCUACCCCCCAGCCCCCCGCCCCGAUGACUGUGCAAUUACUCUGCUUUUUGUUGUUAUUUGUUCUCUUAUAUCCUCUAUUCAGAAUCAUUGCAUCACUGUAAUAUUUAACUGCGCUGACACUUUUGGUAGAGCGUGAAAGACCCAUAGGAUUGCAUGACGAUAGGGUUAUAAGAGAGAGAAAGAUGUAAACAAAGAAAUAAAGAAGUUACUUUGUUUUACUUGUUUUUAAGGAUGUGGGUGAAAUAAAGAAGUGCUCUCCUCUUGUCAAUGGAGCACAAGAUAUCUCCAGUCAGAUUAUGAUAACGAUGAUGAUAAUGAUUGUUGAGCUUGGUAAAGCUAAUAUGAUGGCUGUGUGGUGUGGUAUCAUAGUCAGCUGUGCCUAGCCGUACCCAUAUUCAGAGAUCUGUAAAGGGCAAAGAAAGAAAGUGGAGACACACCCCUGAACUAGAUUUGGGUCAUCAUCGGCUUAUCUGUUUGAGCUCUGAAAUGGCAACUCUAUAGACCAACGAUGACCAGAGAGCUUUCAGGGUUGCUCUAAAGUUUUCUCUGAAAGUUAAACUAUGACUGCACUUGUAAUGUUCACCUGGGUGAGUUAAAAUUAGAAAAGAUAAUGAUGAAUAGUCCAAAUAUUGUUUUCGUUGUGCUUUGCUGACACCUACACACCUUACUAUACAGUGGGUGGUCAAGUAGAAGAAUGUGAUUUGCCAAGUGAUCGAUUGUCAACCACUUAGUAUCCAUAAUAACUCCAAUGUGCCAUUCAGCUGGCCCCUACUCUGUGAGGUGCCAUGACGUGUUGCAUGUAUUAGUGUGUAGUCAUCUAGUCAUGUCUUGGACGCUAACAAAAAAACAAAAAGUUGAAUGGUCCGUACUCAGUUUAUCAUUAUAAGUAAAUGCCAAAAAAAUAUGUUGAAAGGGGGGCUUAAUCAACCAGGACCAAGACUUUAUUUGAAAACACUGCACAUGUGAUCAAUAUCUAUUUUCUCACUCUCCAGUUGUCCUCAAAGUACUUUACAUCUCUAAGCUUUACUCGAUAUACAUGUACAAAUAAUGAUUAUACUGUUAUCUUUGCUAUGUUUAACUGAGCAGUGGAGAUCCAUAUCCUUAUAAAUGUCAGUACUCCCCCCUAUGAAGGAUUGUGAUAGGCAGGAUGGACAGGAAGUUCCCAACCACCACAAUAAUUGAGAUGGACCCCAGGGUUCCCAAGUCUACCUUGAUAACUAUCCCAGAUUCAAUGCUGAUCAGUCUUUUUUAGAGCCACAAGGCUGCUUGUUUUCAAAGGCCCUCUUGUGUGAAAUUGAAGGGAAAUGUAACUCUUUGCCUGCAACGCUGCCUAGACUAGGCUACACCAUCUCAAGCAUCCCUCCUCCAUGAGACUAAUAAAAUAGUAAGAGGAGGCAGCAUGGCGACAGACAGUACACAAGAUUGAGUCCUACAUUAUGUGACUGACAUUUCUCAAACGCAUGCUGUUGAGAGAAACACUCACUCACUAUCAUACACAUCAACUGUACAUGCUAAAACAUAGACCCAGCAUGGAUGGAGUAUGUACAGAUAAAUUAUAAUAUCCUUAAGGUAGUUCUCUUAUUGUUGUGCUGCAGAAAUAUUUAUAUGUUUUUGUCACUGCAAUGUGGGCUGUUAUAUUUUUUGUAGGCCCACUCUGGCUAAAAAUAAAUGCAGUGUUUUUCUUGGGAUUUUGAUUAUGGCCAUAUAGUACAUUCUUGGGAAGUUUUUUCAGAAAUCUAGCAAUCACAGCUUCACUGUCUACUCUGCCUGUGUACAAAUGUGAUAUACUUUAUACACAUGCACAAGCCAAUGUCACUUAAGGGAUUGCGCUAUUUGGAAGUAUAUUUAAUGAUAUUCUUUAUCAGGAUGUUUUAGUAGGGGGUUUUGUACUGUUGACUUCAAAGUUAAACCAAUGGGUUCUCUGGUGGUGGCAAUGUGCAGGUGAAAGCUCAGCCAAACUGCUCUAGAUCACAUUCCUAUAGAUUACUGGUGUACCUUUAAAAAAAAAAAACAUGUUUACAUGUUUUUUGUAAUUCCACAGGUGGACUUGAGGAAUGAUUUGUUGUUUUUCCUUCCACGGGGAAGAUGUUGAACUGAGUCGAAGCGUGUUUGUGCAUCUCAGUUCUGUACAGUUAGAAAUUUCAAUGCAGUUUGCUAUAACCCUCCUUCUCUCUGUGUUUGUAUUUGAAGUAAAAGACGAAAAUAGAAAGUUGAUGUAUGCAUUCUUGUUGUGUGCCUAAUGUAACCUGUGCUGCGAGACAGAGAACAUGGAAGUGUUUCAAUAGUCCUCAAUGUAACAAAUUAACAAGUAAUGUUUUUCAAAUAAAAAAAGCAAUAAAUAAAUUGACUACUUUG